AUCAACCAAGGAAGUCAGCAGGACCAGUCUGCCUCAUGGUUUUCAUAUGGCACCUCCAUGGCAGCAAACAUUUUGGAGAAUAUUCAGGUAAAUUGAACUUCCAACCAUCAAAAUAUGUCCUACCCACCUUAAUUAUGAAUGAGGCAACUCACUAAAUUAUGAAUAAUCAAACAUAUUAAUGUGGUUUCAUGUAUCUUAACACAAAAAUUAGCUCUAACUCCAACUCUGUCUUUUUUUAGCAUUUUUUUUUUCCAACUUAAUUGUUUGAACCAAUAAAACAUGUUAUGACUUCUAGGUUUUCAGUGAUGUCCUGUUUGUAAUUGAAAUGUCUGUCAUUUUAUUAUAAAAGUUUAGAUUUUUUUUUGUGUGGUUGGAAAUUUGUUUGUGAUUUUUUUUUUAUUGUGACAUGUAUAGCAAUCAUCUGUCCUAAAAAUGUUUGGGAUGCUUUGUGUCAUAGAUUAUUUUUUUUUGUGUCUCCUGAAAGUUAUCCAACCAGCCUGCCUCUUAAACUAAUACUGCAAAAGACAUAAAGUCCAGUGCAGUCCUUCUCUUUAAAACUAAAAUUUUUAGAAAUUGUGUGCUUGCAUUAAAUAUUACAUUUAUAUCAGAUAUAUUAUUUCUGUUAAAAUGAGUUGUUUUUCCAUGUUGUUUCAACUCAUUACUUGGUGUUGUUUUUUGUUGGUUUGUUAGAAGUAAUAUUUUCUUCUUUGAUCUACAGCUUAAAGUGAAAGAUGUACAUAUCAGGUACGAAGAUGACAAGAUGAACCCCUCUUGCCCCUUUGCCUGCGGUGUCAUCAUAAAAAAUUUAAGUGUACAAAGUACAGACGCAACCUGGGUAGGUUAAAAUUCUGCUCUUAAGAAUAAAAAAAUCUACCUCGGAGACUUAGAACAAAAAUUGCUUCUUAUAUCUUGAAGGCUAUAAUAGACACAGUAAGAGUGAGUUAACAUUUUUCACGUCCUUGUGGUUCAACAAUUAUUGACUUAAUCAAUUUUAAGUAAAUGAAAUGUUUUUCAGUAAAUAAAUUCCAGGUUGUUUUUUUUUACCUUAAAUUUUCAUUGGUUCAUUUAUAUGUAUUUUAUACAUACACUUACAACAUGUUCAUGAAAUGUUGAUGUUAUGAAGUAUCAAGUCACAAGAUCCGCAUGUUACUUAAAGCAUAAAUCAGUACAUGUUGCCAGACUCACAAAAAUUGAAAAAAGAUUGUAUUUUAAAAUUGAAGGAAUAAAUAAACUAAAAUGGAUUUGAUGUAGAUUGAUUUGAUUCUUUCUAGGUUCAGCACAUUUCUGUGAUGAACUAAGCUGUAAAAGAGCUUUGUAAAGUUCACAACAAAACGUGAAGAGAGCUGUUCAUUUCAUGAACUAUGCACAUUAACACAAAAGCUGUUACACAAGCUGCACUUAAUAUACAUAGAAAUGUUAAUUAUUUUCAAUCAAAGUAAAAUAUAUAUGUGAUCUCUUUUUUCCGUAGGCCUCAAAGUUUGUAAGUCACAAUGAGGAAGAUGUUAUGUUUAAACUGGUGGAUCUCAAAGAUUUUGGCAUUUACUGUGAUACAAAUGUAACAAUGGUGGGAGACCUUCCAAUGUCUGAUCUGGCGGUAAGCUUUGGGGUUAACUAACUUCACUGUAAAGUUUCUGAACAGGUGGUGGAGGAAACAUAUCAUUUAAAAUUGUCGCAUGUACUGAAAAGGAGAGAUGAUAUUUACACAUUGAUGAAAACUGUAUUUGCCAUUUUAUACGGUGCUUUCUCAAUCAGAAAUAAUUCUGUCUUUAAAAUUAAAAUAUUGAUAAAAAGUUUCAUUCAUCCUUUGAUUUGUUUUUGUUGUUGUUGUUUAAAGGAUGUGCUUGAAAGGGAGAUGUACUUGUCAACAUCAGGGAAAUUUCAGGUAUGUUGGCUUGUGUGCUCAGGUAUCAUGUGAGCAUUGCUCAUUUAACAUAGUAUGGUAAAUCACCUGAUUGUACCAUAGUUAACUUAAAUUGUCAGGCAACGUUGCAGUCGCGACAUCGAUGUAAAUAUGACCGUUGCUGCUACACUCUACUUACUUGAUAACCUACGUCUCACUCACACUAUAUGUAUCAGCAGAAGUCCAAUAUCAACAUAUCAUUUAUUUAUCAACAAAUCACACGAUUUAGAAUAUAGUUCACAUCAAUGAAUAAUAGAAUAAUGAUUGAUUGAAGUACAGUCAGUAUACAGCUACUUCCUUUAGAAUAAUAACAUUCAAUUAGACUUUCUAACUGCCAUCUUAAAAUCCAUUACAAUAUUUCUUCUUUACUAUUGCCGCCUUAUCUAUAUUUAGAUCCACAUAUCACUACUCUGACACAAAAUAGUGCUUUUUACCCAACUGAAAAUUAACAUUGAAUAUCAUUAUCUUUACUCCCAUGAAUAGGAAAUAUUUACAAAUUUCAUUUAUUCUUUGUUUAUGCCAAUCAUUGCUAGAAAAUAUUCCUGGUGACAUAGUACUUGAUAAAAUAGCUUUAAAACUUAGCUUGAUGGCUACAGAGACACUGUUGUCAUGAUUACCUAAGAGAUGCACAGAACAAGGAUAUAAACAAAACAAUUUCUACAGUGCAUUUCAUUGCUUGCAAGUCAUUUAAAUUAAUUGAAAUGUUUCAUCUUUGCAGCAACAUGAAUACAUACUACAGCCCAUCACAGCUCAAGGGAAGGUUAACAGGAAUACUUCUGCAAUGCCCCUUAGAUCAGCAACAAGCCCUCGUAUUUUUGUUGAGCUCACUCUGGGCGACAUGUCUUUCAGCCUUUCUACUGAGCAGUAUCAGUGUUACAACCUGUGGCAGAGGGAGUUUGCUCGACAUGGAAGGCAGCGUAAAUUUAGAAAGGAACGUCCAAACUGCAGUGUUUCCUCGAGGUAGAUCAGGUUUUUUAAAAAUAAAACUAAGUUACUGUGCUGAGGAUCUGAUACUUUCAAGUCUUUAGUGAUUUCAUUAGCCAUGUAGUGGUAUAAUUUAAGUUAAAACUUAUUAAUUGUAAUAAAAUAAAAAUUUAUAAAUGUAAAAAGAAAUAUCACAGCUCAACUCUGAAUUUUUUUGGAAACUUUUUUGUUUGUUUUUUGUUUUGCACAGUUGAUGUAUUAAAGUAUAAUGUUUAGCAAGAAAAUGAUUUUUCCACACAAAAAAAAAAAAAAAAAAAAAGAAGAGAUCCAUGCUUGAGAUUCUAGGGUUUUUUCUCUUUCUAAUAAAAAUCUUGUUGCUAAUCAACGCUAUUAGUAUGGUGUUUCUGCAUGCAUAAAUAGCACAGGAGUAAAGUUGGUUUUAUCAAAGCUUGUAGGAAUGUAUAGCCUUUAUUAUUGUUCAUUUUUUCCCCCUGUGCAGUCCUCGGAAAUGGUGGCAUUUUACCCAGGAAGUCCACCUGGCAAGGAUACAAGACAGAAAUGACAGGCUUACCAAAAAGUUCAUUUUGGACAGGGCUCAUCUGGUUGCUGUCUAUGCCAGGAUCUACACUGCCUACCUUAGAGGAGAGACACUGACAGUGCAGCAGAAGGUGAGCCAGUACACUUGUUGUAGUUUCUAGCUGCACUGUUAAAUCACUCCAUCAUGCUGUUGCAUGAGUUCUCUUAAAACCUGUAUUCUCAUAAACAACUUAAUAAUGAACUGCAACUCUUUUCAAAUAAAUGUGUGUUUUAACCCCCCUCCACCUAUUUUGUUCUUUCUUUUUUUGUUUUUUUUGUUUGUUUCAACACUCACACUCCUCUGUGUUUAAAAUACAAAUCUUGUUUUUUUUUUAAAUAGCAUUUGCCCUAUAAUCAUUACAAAUAAGUAAUGAUAUACCAGAUUGACUAGUCCAUUUAUGGACAAGCAAACAUUUUACCUAUAUAAAAGUGAUUCUAUUUUAUUUUUUUUAGUCCACUAAAACCAGCAUUGAAGAAGAGCUGGAGUUUGAUGAACUGAAAUUAAUAAGAGAGGCCACAUUCUUCAAAUUAAAGAAAAACAGUCAAGUAGUAAGUGUAUCUGUUUUUUUUAAAAGUUUUUUUCUCUGCAUAAAGAACCCAUUAAAUUUAUGACCAAAAAAUAAAUAUUUUAAGUCUAGAUAAAUAACUGAUGAUUUAAAAUACAGUACACAGAAUUGAAAUUAUGACAUGCUGGUCUCAUAAUGAAUGCUUCAGUAUGCAAUUUUCUUGUGUUCAUCUCCCAUGGGUGAACCCUUGGCUUACAAACUUUGUCACAGUGACUUUUUAUAAAGAUAAUUCUGCUCCCUUAUUCUGUCACUUAACAAGUCUCAAUGCAAUGAGGGACUAGGGCUGGUUGCACUUACGUCACAUCUUGUUCUCUCCCCUUUCACACAGGUUUACAACUUAGCUGCUAAAAAGAGCCCCCCACCCUCAGAGACUUCACCCACCCAGCCAAAGGAAAGUGGCAGUUUGUUUCAGCACUGGUUCCCAGGCUGGUCAGGCUGGACACAGUCGACUGUCACCCCGCAGCCAGUUAUGACUCCCUCGCCAACAGAUCUGGGCUCAGUUGAUGUUGCCCCAUCUUCAUCCCAGGAAACCAGCGCGUCAUUGACACCUUUGUCUGAGGAUGAUGUGGUGACAGAGGAUGAAAUUGGUAAAUUAAAGAAAAUAUCUCAGAGGACCUAUUAGUGGGAAAAUGACAUGCCAUAGGCAGAAUUCUAAGGGUUAGUUUUGGGAUGGAGGUGGUUGAUUGUCUCUUGUGCUCCUCAUUCUGAGUUUGAGCAAGUCUCAUCUUUUCUAACUGUUAGCCUCUUUAAAAAAAUGAGUAGUGAUAUAUAUGUCUUCAUAUUGAGACAGGUUGAAAACCCUUGUCAGAAAUUAAGGCAGUAAGUUAUAAAUUUUAUCUAUUAUAAAAUCUAAUCUGUAAAUAUAUAACUCUUGCCAAUUCUGUAGUCUCCGCAAAAUUAUUCUAUAAAUUUAUGACUCGGCCAUUCUAGAGACACAACACUCUCACCUUUUCUAAAGAAAAGUUUUAACUGUUCUAAAGAUUUAUGACUCAACACUUGUGUACCAGUGUAUUGCUCUUCAAUUUCCAGAACAAGAGAUUCAAGAUGUUAUCAAAGACUCAUCUGAGAAUAGCUCAUUCCUCAGAAAGGACACUGUAUUUGCCAGGAUGGCCUUCCUCCUAAAGAAAGGUUCCUUCCAACUGAAAGAAAAACAUAUUUCUGAUAAAGGUAUGUUGUGCGAUGAGUAAUGUGGCAUAGUCAAUUUGCUCAUUAAGGAGUAAUAAUUAUGCCCAAAUCUGUAUCAAGUUCUCAGUCUUAUUUUUUGUAAGAAAUUUCUUUGGUCGCGUUGAAAUAAUAUGCAAUGUUAAUUUGUCUUUCAAUUUAUUUCAUAAAAUAUAUUCCUAUUCAAUUUUUUGUGUUGUUUGGUUUUUUUUUUUGUUUUUUUUUUGUUUUUUUAAUAACCUUUUUAAAAUGGAAACCUACCAUAACUAAAAUCUCUCAAAUUUACUUUUAAAUGAUCUGUUACGCACAGCAUAUACUGCGCUUUCAGCAUGACAGUGAUUGAACUAAUAAUUUUCACUGUCGGGUCAUAAAUACUAUUGAAAAUGGUUCAUACCUCAAAAACAAGCAGCACUUUAACUCUUACCAUCUCUUAUAAAUAUGAUUAGAUAGAAUACAUUCUGUAACUGAUUUAAAAAUGGUCUACCUUUUCUUGUUGCAGCUGAAGCCCAAAGCCAUUCCUUGGUGGAGCUUCACUGUUCUACUAUAGAGAUGCAGUUUGAGUCCCGGCCUCGCACCAGUGCCAUGAAGUUUUCACUUGCUGUGGGCAGCCUCUAUGUCCAGGACCAGACUGCCAAGAACCCAACUUUCACGUAUAUCAUAUGUCCUCAGGUUAAGGUAAAGCUUUUCAUUUACUUUUUACAAUGUUUAAAAUAAUUAACAUUUGCUGUUAAGUCUUGUGUAUCAUUAUCGCUUGUUUCACAUUUCUAAAAUCAAUAAUUUUAAAAAAGUCAUAAAAAAGGUAAAAAUAGAUUUAGCUGAACUGAUCGUUUUAUAAUUGUACUAUUUAUAUCCUUGCAAUUUUUCUGAUGUCUAAGGACCCAUUGUGUCGAACAGCCUUCAAUCCGGUCUCCCAGUUUGUAAACCCACAGAACAUUAGUCUUUUGGCCAGAGACUCUGAGGGGAUGGAGUUCUUCAAGUUGAGUUAUGAGAAGAAUCCUACGGCCAUCUUCAAGUACAGGUGUGUAGAAGACUCGUUCAGGGCCGUUGAUGGGAGGUUAUGAUUGGAGGGUAUAAAGUUUAAUUUAUUCAAAUUGCCUUCACUGAACUAUGUAUGUCUUUAUCUGUAUUUAUCCUUUUCAUUAAAGUAAGUUUACAUUAGUUUGCUACCCUUUGAGAACCCCUGGCCUCAAAAGCUGAGGAUUAUACACAUUGUUUUAAAGGAAACUGCUUUUUCAUCCCUUUUGCAAUACCAAACAUCAAGAGGGAUUGCAUUUUUGUACAUCAAAAAAUAUGCAUAGGGUAGAGAAAAAUGUGAAGAAUGACCAUGCAGAUAGUUUGUAUUGUCCUUGUGAUGGUUUAUGUGUAGGCCUCAUUUUAGCCACCACCACUUGGAUCCUCUUUGUUUUGUUUUGAUAUUGACCUCACACAGUAAAUCUUGUGCUGUGCCAUUCCUUUCAAACACCCCUCCCUUGAUUGGGAAAAGGUUGUUUACAUUUGAAUAUGACCUAUUUGUUCUGAAGAAUGCUUUCAGGUGACUCAAUUUCAAGAAUUUUUUUUCUGGAUGUUGAUCAGCUCAGCUAACCUGGUUACAUUGAUCAGCUCAGCUAACAUGGUUACAUUGAGCAGCUUAGCUAAGCUGGUUACAUUGAUCAGCUCAGCUAACCUGGUUACAUUGAUCAGCUCAGCUAACAUUGUUACAUUGAUCAGCUCAGCUAGACAUAUACAAGAUGUUUUAUAAUUGAAAUAUUGUACUCUUUUUGUGUGUUUAAAUUAAUAUUUGUAUUUUUUGAGGAUUGCACCUUUUCAAUUGUUUUUUGUGUGUGUUUUUUCUGUUUAGUUAAAUUUAUAGUUUUAUUGAAAUUUAAUAGUAUAAUUUAUUUUAAUUUUGUUAGUAUCAGUAGCCUUGGUAUCAUUUUCUUCGAAGGCUGGUUUUCAGUCCUUUGUUAUGUAGUGUUCACUGCGCAAGCCAAAUUUUCAAAGAGAUUAAAUUUUCAAAACCAUAUAACGGUAUGUAACAGUCCUUCGUCAGGUUUUCCUGUACCCUGUGUAUAUUCCUUAUUGCUUAAAAAACCUGAACGCAGUCCUCCACUUAUUUCUACUUUUUUUCUAGUACAUUACUUUGGCUUGCCCCUGUUAAGUGAGGUUUUGUCUCACGAACUUAAUUUGUGGACCGUCAUAUCAGCUCAGCUAACCUGGUUACAUUGAUCAGCCGUAGCCGGUCCCAAGCCCGGGUGAGAAAGGAGGAGGGUUGGGCGAAGGGCUAGCAACCCUUCCCUGUAAAAAAAGCCCUGCUACAAAAACACAAAGAAAGAUUUCAAAAGGAAGCUCGGAUGCUUUCCAGAACUGCCCAGAACGCACUUAUAGGGUGGGAAGCGCAUGGUUCCCGUAUAAUCACGGCAAGAUUUAAGACAAAAAAACGAAAAAUCAAUAUGGACAUCCUACAGGUGUACGCUCCUACCAACGAUAGUAAAGAAGAGGACAAAGAGGAUUUCUACAACAGACUGCGAACCCUGGUCCAAAGGUGUCCUAAGAGCAAUAUGGUUAUACUCAUGGGCGACCUAAAUGCGAAAAUAGGCAGCAACAAUAAAGGCUAUGAAGAAUGCAUGGGAACACAUGGUAUGGGAGAGAUGAAUGAAAAUGGUGAAAGACUAGCAGAUCUAUGUGCUACAAUUGGACUAGUCAUCGGAGGAAGCCUCUUCAUGCAUAGAAAUAUCCACAAGGCCACAUGGAUUUCACCAGAUAUGUCAACGGCUAACCAAAUUGACCAUUUCUGUAUUUGCAAUAAGUUUAGACGGUCGCUCCAAGAUGUUAGGGUAAAAAGAGGGGCAGAUGUAGCCUCAGACCAUCAUCUAAUUAUUGCCAAAUUAAGGCUGAAACUGAAAAAGAACUGGACAAGCGAGGGAAGCAAGCGCCAACAUUUUAACAUCAACCUCUUGAAAGAUGAGUCCAAGCUAAAGGAGUUUAAACUUACCAUCUCCAAUAAGUUCCAGAUCUUACAGGAACUAGGCAAUGAAGAAACAAUUGACAAAAACUGGAAAGAAAUCAAAGAGAUAUUCACGACUACCUGUGAAGAAGUGUUGGGCCCUAGGCAACAAACGCAUAAAGAAUGGAUUUCGGCUGAAACCAUGGAAAAAAUCCAAUAUAGGAGAAAGAAGAAGGCAAAUCUAAACAAUAGCCGCACCAGAACCGAAAAGGCCAGAGCAUCAACAGAAUACUCAGAAGCAAAUAAAGAAGUUAAACGUAGUAUAAGGACAGAUAAAAAGAACUACAUAGAAGGAUUAGCAAGUGAAGCAGAGGAGGCUGCGUACCAUGGAAACACAAGAGAAUUAUUCAGUACAAUCAAAAAGUUAUCUGGAAAGUUCAACAAUCCAGUGAGACCAGUUAAAACUAAAGAUGGGAAAUCAAUACCUGAUGAAGAGGGUCAGAAAAAAAGAUGGAUAGAACAUUUUGAAGAACUCCUCAACCGGCCAGCACCACAACACACACUCAACAUAGAGCCAGCGGAAAAAGAUCUAGAAAUAGAGUGCAGCACACCCACAAAGCAAGAAAUAUGCAGAGCAAUUAAACAACUAAAGAAAGGCAAGGCGGCAGGUCCUGACAGAAUACCGACAGAAGCCUUGACAGCAGAUAUUACGUCUAGCACUGAAAUGCUACACACACUAUUCAAGAAAAUAUGGGAGGAGGAACAGAUACCGGCUGAAUGGAAAGAAGGACACCUCGUUAAGCUCCCGAAGAAAGGAGACCUUAGUUCUUGUUCUAACUAUAGGGGAAUAACCCUGCUGUCGAUCCCAAGCAAAGUAUUCAACAGAAUGCUGCUAAACAGAAUGAGGGAGGCAAUAGACAUCAAUCUUAGGGACCAACAAGCAGGGUUCAGAAAAGACAGAUCCUGCACAGACCAGAUUGCCACACUGAGAAUUAUUGUGGAACAAUCUCUGGAGUGGAACUCGCCACUAUACGUCAACUUCAUUGACUAUGAGAAGGCUUUUGACAGUGUCGACAGACAGACUCUGUGGAAGCUGCUUAGACACUACGGGGUACCACAAAAAUUGACAGACAUAAUUAAGGCUUCUUACGAAGGACUAUCGUGCAGAAUUGUCCACGGCCAGCAAACAACGGCGGCUUUUGAGGUACAGACCGGUGUCAGACAGGGGUGUCUGCUCUCGCCUUUCCUAUUCCUGCUGACCAUUGAUUGGAUAAUGAAAAUGUCUACAGAGCAGAAGAGAAAUGGUAUUCAGUGGACACUAUGGAAACAACUUGAUGACCUGGAUUUUGCGGAUGAUCUGGCCCUAGUAUCACACACACAGCAACAGAUGCAAGAGAAAACCAAUUAUGUAGCACAGUACUCUGCUUGCAUCGGCCUGAACAUCCACAGAGGAAAAAGCAAAGUCCUUAAAAUAAAUACAUCAAGCAACACACCUAUAGCACUGGAAGGAACAAACCUUGAGGAGGUGGAUAGCUUUACAUACCUCGGCAGCAUCAUUGACAUACAAGGAGGGACAGACGCCGACAUAAGAGUGAGAGUUGGUAAGGCAAGAGCGGCAUUUAACCAGCUAAAAAAGGUCUGGAGCUGCAGCAAUUUGACCCUCCAGACCAAGGUCAAGGUAUUCAACACCACAGUGAAACCUGUCUUGCUAUAUGGGGCAGAAACAUGGCGAACAACAGCAGCUGGUUCAAAAAAGCUACAGACCUUUAUCAACUCAUGUCUCCGAACGAUUUUACGAAUCCGCUGGCCCACCGUCAUCACCAACGAGGAUCUCUGGCGGCGCACACAACAAGAACCAGUGGAAGAGUUAAUCUGCCAGCGCAGAUGGAGAUGGAUUGGCCACACCCUCAGAAAGCCCGCAUCAAGUAUCACGAGACAAGCCCUGACUUGGAACCCCCAGGGUAAGAGAAAAAGAGGUCGACCCAAAACAACUUGGAGAAGGGAACUGGAGGCAGACAUCAAAAAGAGUGGGCACAACUGGGGACAGUUGGAGAGACUUGCCCAAGACCGGGAUGCCUGGAGAGCCUUUGUUUGUGGCCUAUGCCCCAGACGGGACGACAGGCGAUGAUUGAUUGAUAACCUGGUUACAUUGAUCAGCUCAGCUAACCUGGUUACAUUGAUCAGCUCAGCUAACCUUGUUACAUUGAUCAGCUCAGCUAACCUGGUUACAUUGAUCAGCUCAGCUAAGCUGGUUACAUUGAUCAGCUCAGCUAAGCUGGUUACAUUGAUCAGCUCAGCUAACCUGGUUACAUUGAUCAGCUCAGCUAACCUUGUUACAUUGAUCAGAUCAGCUAACCUGGUUACAUUGUACAGCUCAGCUAAGCUGGUUACAUUGAUCAGCUCAGCUAACCUGGUUACAUUGAUCAGAUCAGCUAACAUGGUUAUUCUGUACUUGGAGGUAAUGAAGAGACAACUCUAUUUUUUUGUUAAAAGUUGCUAGGCCGUUUGGUUGGCUUUGACCAACUAGUUGACGAAGAUCCCCUCACAAACCACUUCAUGGCAAGUGUUACCACUGUGGCAAUGGGGUUAAAACAGUGCAAAAUUCUUUAAAAUUCUUUUGUUUCAUUUCAUAAACCACUUUGAACUAACUUAAGAGGUUAGACAAAUUGUAUUUUUACAGUGUAAGCAUCAAAACUCAACCCUUGGAUAUCAUUUACACACCUGAGCUGUUGCGGAAACUCAAGGACUUCUUCAGCACUCCAGCCACUGGUCUUUCUCGUACUGCUAGUUCUGGUAUGUUCAUCUUAAGAAAUUGUUCCAAUAUUUAAUUUAUAUUUUAAAAAAAGAUAUACAAACUAAUCAGGUCAUCAAUAUUCUCAUGAUUGUCUCACGAGGUUACAAAAUAAUUUUUCUUUACAUAAAAUUCAUGGUAAAUAAAAUUAAUAAACAUUUUGUUUACCUGCAACUUUAAAAAAAAAAAAAUUCAUUCUCCAGUGUACAGCUGGCAGUUUGACAAGUUGAGAAAACAGACACAAGAGGAAUUGAGGAACACUCUUGAUCAGUUAUUAGAGGUUGGCUCCAAGUUUAUACACGUUUUUACAUGAAUAAGGUCACUGAUUUGUAGACUUUAUUUUUUAUAUGCUUCUUCAUCUUCUCCCUCAAAAGAUUGCUAAAAUAGAAGAUCUACAAAUAUUUUAAGCAUUCGAUAAAUGACCACCACAUGUUUAGUAAUCACACCAAAAUUAAAGCUAAAAAUAAUUUUUUGGAAAACGGUGAAUAUAAUUUAAAUUAAAUUUAUUUUGUAAAAGCUUGAUUAAAUUAUCACUCCUGUGUGCGGAUGUUCUGAUAUAUUCAAACUUAAAACAAGACGUGCCUAGAUCUUCUGAUACAUCAUUAUUGGACCAGAAAAUUAAGCUUUUCCCCCACCAAUGUCAUAUUUUUUUUACCAGGGCAAAGCCAGCAAGUGGAACAUCAACCUUGACAUCAGUGCCCCUAAGUUGAUCAUACCAGAGAGCGUCUUAGACCAGAACCCACAGCUGGUGGUCAUUGACCUGGGAAAUUUCCGGGUCAACACAGUGACCUCACAGUCCGACAUCUCUGAUCAGCUCAAACAGAAGGCCAAGCUCAGGGAGGAUGACGGGGAAGGUAUGCCCAGUGUCCAUGUUAUUGGGAUGCCAAAUCCUGCUGUAUAUUUUUUUUGGAACUAUAUUUCAGUAAAUUUUGCAUGACUUGACUCCAUCAAUACAAUCAUGAGUUAGAGGUUUAAAUUUGUUUUUUACCCUUAGAGGAGAUAAAAAUUGAUCUCAUUCUUUCUUAGAUUUAUGAUUCUAUUCUUUAUCAGAUUUGUAUUCAAGAAUCCAUUUACAUUAAAUAAAAUCCUGUUGGGAAGUACAUGAAGCUACAGAAAAAGGUUAAGUCACUUACUGAUACCAAAUCAAUACAUAAAAAAGACCAAAUACAAAGUAAUUUUAUUGAAAAUUAGCAUGGAAAAUAACUAUAAGGAUUACCAGUUCUAAAAAAACUACGAUUUUAAAAAAUGUUCCAUUUAAUUUAGAUUAUGUCCACAAAAUUAUUUUUACUGCCCAUCUCACUUAUAAGGAAAAUAUAACAAGCGAAGAUGACCAGGGCAAUAUGGGACUUGAGUAGUAUCCUUGACUUGAGCUGUAUUUCAUUUAGGGGAGGGAAAGCUGCUCAAUUCAUCAGCCUCACUCUCUCGUCGGUGCCUACUAUAUCCAAUAGCAAGACUUAGUCAAGAUGACUGGCAGUAGACCAGGAUGGCCAGGAGUGUUUUUUGUGUGUUUCACUGUGCUCCUAAUGCAUUCCACGUUGCAGGAGUUUUUGGAAUUUUCAUUGUUGUCAGUAUCAUGCCGCCUUCGCAACUCCAUCUCUGGUUUUGAUUUCAUAGUUUGCCUUCUCUUAGAUGAGUUGCCAUUCAAGAUUAAUGAGUCCCAUCCACCCGGGGUGCCGGUGUUGUUUUUGCUUGUCUAGGCUUUCUGCUGAGGAUUUGGUUGCUAGGUGGCCGAACAGUCUAAACUGAGUCAGUCCCAAGCUUGUUUUUCUGGAACUUUUAAAUACAACAAGAUGCAAUCACCAGGUAAAGCAUCCUGUCUUGAAUGAUGUCAAAUCUCCUUGCCAUUUAUUUCUUACUUAAUUUCAGAUAAAUUUGAAACACCCCUGUCCACACCCCCCAAUGAAACAGAGGAGGAUGAAGAAGUGAAGAAGACCAUGGCAGGAGGUGUAUUUUCUCCCCUGAAAAAGCCCAAAAGUUCAGAGUCCCUGACAGAAGACAGUGCUGAAAAUAUGUUUCAGGAUCGUCUGUAUGAAAAGUGAGUUUGCGGUAUCGAGAAUAUUAUUUUAUCAUCAGGGUAAUUAAUGAGAUCAAAUUUACAUUUUACUUCCCUAGGGUGGAAUUUUAAAAAAAAAUAAUGAACUAUCGUUAAAGACAUUUUUUUUAAAAUGUUUUUUUUAACACCCCCCCCCCCACCCCUUUAGGUACCGAAUUGGACUUACAGAGGUGCAGGUUUUAUUAGGCAGACUUAAUGACAACUGGAAACAUGCAUAUGCAAAAGGGACAAGUCUUAUGCAUGUCGUGGACAGAUUUAACAUCUCUGUCAUGCUGGAAAGGUAAGGUUUUGUUUUAUGUUUUAUUAAUGAAUGGAAGGUUUUUACACGUGGCAGAGACCAGAACAUUUCAAAGUAAGAAUUGUCGUGGCAGAGACCUGAAAAUUUCAAAGUAAGAAUUGUCGAUAAGGAAGAUAUUUUAAUGAAAGGAUGAAAUUUGAAAAAUAAAAAUUUUACCUUUAAUAUGAACAGUUAUGAUUGUUUUGAUUCCUUUUACAAAUAUUAUUACAGACGGCUUAUCACAACUUCAGAUAUCCAGUGGCCAACAGCUAAACUAUCUGGCAAUUUGCCGACCUUGACCUUUCAUCUGAAUGAAAGAAAAGUGAGUUCACGUUUUAUAAAGUAUGCAGAGUUAGAUAUUUAAAGAAAUUAAAAUGUGGGUCAACAAUUGUUUCAUUGACAUUCUGUUUUUUUUUAUUUUAACCAAAAUCAAAUGUGACUGAACAUAAUAGCAGUUUUUAGUGAAUAUACAAGUGUUUAGAAUUACUUCUUCAUCGUUAUUGUAGUACUGAGAUGUUAUUUGUCACAACUGAUGAGAUGUCAGUAUUUAUGAAGAAUGCUCUGAAAUGUUUUUUGAUAGAUGUGUUCGUAAGAUUGUGUAGGGUGAAAGAAAUGCAUUUUGGACCAAUGGAAAAGCCGUGAUCCGGAGAUUGGGAUGGUCCAAGAAAAGUGUUUGGGAUGUGAACAGGUUUAAUGAAAUGGCGGGUUGUGUUGUUUGUGUUCUGUUUGGAAUUUACCAAGACACAACUUACACAUCAUUAGUCAAAAGCUGUACAUACUGAUUUAUGGUGAUGCUACUGAACGCCCAUUAAGACCUAUGUCUCCAUUUACAAAAAGGAUAUGCCCCUGGAUGUUGAUUUUCCCAGACUGCUCUAAAAAAUUCUUAAGGUACCAACUUGACGCCCCAGGAGAUUAAAUAUCGCAGAAGGCAGCACCUCUGCUAGACAUGAUGAUGUAGGAGUGCACAAUGUGCUUUGGAAGCCUGUGUUAUUUUUAAUCACACCUAUCUUUGGUUUCCUUAUAGAUCCAAAGUCUGCAGAAAUGUUUUGACAAAUUUUCUGAGCCAAGACCUGUUGGACUCUCCCAGUCUGCAACAUACCAGCAGUCCAGCUCAUCAUCUUUUGAUGUGCCACUGUCAAACACUCUACAAGAGCAAUCCAGCUUUGAUUUGUAUGUUUUUUUACACUAUUUACAACUUAAUUUUUUUUAAACCAUUAACGUUUAUAAACCCAUUUAGUUUUUUGUUUAACUUCUAAAAAAAUUAAAACUUUGCAAACAAAUUUAAAUGUCUACAAACAGAAUUUUUGAUAUGCUCUUAAAGAGAUAAACAUAUCCCAAAUAGGAGGGUCUCAGUUCUUGCCAUAAACUUACUUCAUGGGAAUGACUUCACCUCUUGUGAUUUAAUGAUAUUUCCAUUACAAGGCCAAGCCCAGUGCUGGAUUCAUCAAAGCAGUUCGUCGAGGACAACAAAAUGGUGGUCUUACAGUUCCUCAUCAACAAUAUGUCUUUGGAAGUGCAGAGUCAGGGUGAGUUGUACAUGUAUACAUAGAUGGUGUAACUUCCACCCUAGACACAUGUUUUGUAACCAUGAAUAUUAAUUCAAGUGUUCUCUUUUUUUUUUUUUUUGGCCAAAUUAAAAUGUUUUUGUUUUGAUAGAUGGUGUAACUUCCACCCUAGACACAUGUUUUGUAACCAUGAAUAUUAAUUCAAGUGUUCUCUUUUUUUUUUUUUUGGCCAAAUUAAAAUUGUUUUGUUUUGGAAGAAUCAAUAAUUAUUUAAAGGGGGCUCCAUUUUGGAGAACACAAUCAAUAUACCUACACUGCUCACUUUAAUAGAUUUGAAGUUAUUAAUUUAAUCAUUUCUCUAUUUAAAACACCAUAGGAAAACAAAUGUGCUCAAAGCAUGCUGGGAGGGAUUCAUCUAAAUGUCAUCGUGUAUCACUAACACAUUUGAUCCUAGAAUACUGCUCUCCUUGACACAUUUUGAUCACAAUUUUCUCAGGUCAAGCCCUGAUUGAGCUGCAGGUGACGGGAGUGCAAGCAGAUGUCCACUUGAAACCACUGAGCAAAUCUCUUGUGCUCACUGUGCACAGUCUGCUGCUGGUGGAUGCCCUGCAGACCUAUGGGCGGGACUUUGAGCUCCUUGUGGCUUCCCAUAAAAAUGUCAUGUGAGUCCAUGUUCUUGAUAUUAUUAUUCUAUCCUGAUUUCUUAUAGCCCUCAGUAAGACUCCCUCUCAUGAGAUAUUGUACUGUAUUACUUAACUAUUAAACAUUUAAAAAUGCAUUAAUUUUACAAGUUUUUUUUCCUCAAAUCUACUGCUAGUGGUCUUAAGUUGUUUUUUUUUCCUUAUGGUUUUACAAACUGAUGUAAAUGAUUCUCUUUUUGUCAGUCUUGACAGUAGAAGUGGGAGCAUCAAAGGUUCAGAGUUCAACUCCCCAUCUUCCCCGCAGUCCCCAUCGUCACCAGCAUCGCCUGGCUCACCAAGCCCUGACCUGCCCACAUCUAUUUCCUUUAGUAGCUUCCAGUCCAUCCAAGAUGCCAUCAGCAAUGCUUUCCAUUCUGUUUUGCCUCAAGGUAAGCUGUCAGAUUGAUAUCAGUUUGCAUGACAAGAAUUUGUCACUAGCUAAAAUCUAUGAAUCAUUUUGGUUUGCCUCAAAAUUUAUGGGGAGGGAAGGGGGUAGACAAACAAGAAGAAAUAUGCUAUUAGAUUAGAGUGUAAUAGAUUAUAAUGACUUAAGGAUGAAAAAUAAAUUAGCUUUACUGAUCAGUGGUGUACCUCGACUUGAUGUCCAAAAAGUUUGCGCGCCCCCCCACCCCCAAGUACAUGCACCAUUUCCAUAUUUUCAAAUAUACCCCAAAAGUGCUGCCCCAAGGUAUGCUUUACCAUUCCCAACCCCCAAGCUCUGCCACUGUUCACAACAUCUUUAAGCAUUAUAUUACCUUGUUUAGAUGAUAAGAUUGCAUUGGGUUACUUUUAAACACCGUCACUCAGAAGAGAAUGUUAUUGCAUAAUGGUUCCUUGUAUUGCUUUGGCCAGCACCCACACCACAAAACAGGAAGUCCGCAGAGACAGACACCGGUCAUCAGUUUCCCCCUUCAGAUGCCAAAGCUCUGAUCAUGUUAGAGUAUGAGGUCUUCACCACACCUGCAACCGUGUCACCAGACUGCCAGACGGGGGAAAUUGUCACGACGCUCUUGAACCUGCAGUUCAACAGCCUGGACUUUAUUGGUGAGCAAAAUAAAAUCUUAAAAUUCAACUUUUUUUAAAGUUUCAUACUUAUAGAGUUGUAUUUGUAGGGCCUUAACCUGGAGGGUAUUUUCUGGUUUCAUACUUAUAGAGUUGUAUUUGUAGGGCUCAACCUGGAGGGUAUUUUCUGGUUUCAUACUUAUAGAGUUGUAUUUGUAGGGCUUAACCUGGAGGGUAUUUUCUGGUUUCAUACUUAUAGAGUUGUAUUUGUAGGGCUUAACCUGGAGGGUAUUUUCAUGUUUCAUACUUAUAGAGUUGUAUUUGUGGGGCUUAACCUGGAGGGUAUUUUCUGGUUUCAUACUUAUAGAGUUGUAGUUUUAGGGCUUAACCUGGAGGGUAUUUUCUGGUUUCAUACUUAUAGAGUUGUAGUUUUAGGGCUUAACCUGGAGGGUAUUUUCUGGUUUCAUACUUAUAGAGUUGUAUUUGUGGGGCUUAACCUGUAGGGUAUUUUCAGGUUUCAUACUUAUAGAGUUUUAUUUGUGGGGCUCAACCUGUAGGGUAUUUUCUGCCAUCUACCUGUUCCUAGACUUGGGUUCUGAUAACUUUAAAAUCCAAUUACCUUUUACUGGUUUAAUAUGUCAAACUUUUUAUGUAAGUGUAAUAUGUAUGUUUGGAGCAACAACAAAAAAAAAGAGGAAAUGAUAUUUGCCAAAAUUAUUUGCCUUAGGCAGGGGUGGGAAAACUACGGCCCGUGGGCCACAUGCGACCCGGCAACUGAUGUUAUGCAGCCCUCGAGGGCCUUUAGAAAUUUAAAAAAAAUUACUUCGUUUUAAGUUAUCUUGUUGAAUGUUACAGAAUUCCUGUACCGUCAUGAUUGUUUUAACAUUUUUUAUAAAAUUUCUUUCCGAUUUUCUAUUCUUGUAAACAGUCCUUGACCUUCGUAAUGUAAUGCUAAUAUGGCAAAAUAUAUAUACGGCCCUCGAAUCGCUUUUCAUUUGUCAAUGUGGCCCGAGGCACAAAAAGUUUGCCCACCCCCGGCCUAAGGAAUACAGGAUAUCAUGCUCAUACGAAUGGCAGAGUUAAAUAUAAGCCCUAGUUCUAAAGGCAAAAAAAAAUGUGAUCACGACACUCCACUACUCCACAUACUUGUUGGCUCCCAGUAUAAGCACGUAUUGACUACAAACUCUCUGUUCUCUGACACAACUUUUUCUCUGCUUCCUGCCCUUCCUAUCUAACUGAACUUCUUUCUGUCUAUUCACCCCUUCAACAGCUUUGCUCCUCCACAGACAAGUGUAUUCUUUCUGUUCCCAAGAUACAAAGUAAAACAUAUGGUGAACAAUCUUUCUCUUCCUGUGAUGUCAUACAAUAGAAUUCUCUCCCAUUACACAUCCCCAAUAUACCGACCAUCCAGGCCUUCAAAACUGCACUCAAAACACAUCUCUUUAAACUCUACUAUUCCUACUGAUUCCCCCCUCUGACCAAUAAACCAUGCUGCUGGGUGCCGUCCACGGCUUGACAUGUAAAAGUUCUGGGUUGGGGUGAAUAUACAUUUGUUUUUGUUUUAUUUUUAAACAGCUGUUUUUUAAUUAAACAAAUGUACCGUAUUUUCCGGUGUUUAAGACGACUUUUUAACCCAUGAAAAUCUUUUCAAAAGUCUGUGGUCAUCUUAUGAGCUUGUGUACAGCCAAACCCUAGAUUUAACAGGAAAAGUAGGGGGUCGUCUUAUACGCCUAGUCGUCUUAUACGCCGGAAUAUACGGUAUGCUAUUUUUUAAUGUCAUGAUUAUGUUUGCUAAUAUUUUUAUGUACAGCCCCAUGAGCACAGCCCUGGACUAGGGCACAGCGGUAUAUAAGACCACUGUAAUAAUAAAUAAUAAUAAUAAUUUUUGUUUGUUUGUGAAAUGAGCAUAAAAUAUUAUGCUUUUAUAUUGUUCAACCCUGAUUUCUAAAUUUUUUUUUUUUACAAAGUAACUCUGAAAAGGAUCCAUUUCAAAUUUCUUGAAGGCUGUAAACCAUUUACUUUCAUAACAUCUGUACAUAAACAAGUAUGUAACUGUACAAGAUGUGUUUUACACACCUGUUGCACAGCCUUGUUUUAUAAUCUAUCAAUGCCAUCUAACCAAAUGUCUUGUCAUCAGCCAACCAGGAGACUCUCACAGAGAUCAUGGGUUUUGUCAAUCGGACAUUCCCCAAAAAAUCUUCCAGUGGGUUGGUGAACACACCAGCUGCAAACUCAAACGUUGAUAACACAGGCCAUAGUAAGGCAAGUGCAUUGCAUUGUAAAUCAGUUUGUACCUUGGUAUCUGGGGUAGGUUUUUGACAAAAAAUCCCUCUGGUUUUAGAAGGGCACAAAAUGGUGAGGCAUUAGGGUCAUUUAUUUAAAUGAAAGAACUAUAAAUUAUGCAAUAUUCGCAAAUGGUUUAUUAUUGGUGCAUCUCUCCAUAGGGUUAAAAGUUAAUGUUAAACUGAUUUUAUCCACGCCAGUGAGUAGUGAAAAUUUGGCUGCAACAAGAACUUAAAUUCUUAUUUAAUGUUCUAUGUACAGACGUGGUCCAAAAAAUUGCUUGUUUUCAAUGAAAGAUCGUUGCAGAUAUUUUUGAAUAUUUUUUUUGGUUGAGCUACCCACAGCUGUCUUUUUUUUCUAUGAAUCCAAUCAGGUAAAGGAUGUUGUCCAGGUGAAUGCUGACUUCAAGCGUCUCAAUGUUAUGAUGGUCAAGUUUCUCUCCUGGGAUAACCACAAGAUAGCGCGCAAAGUGGCCACAGCAACAGUGUCAUCAGCUAAACUGCAGGUUAAAUAUGGUGAGGCUGUUGGUGUUUUUUCACGUCUUUUUCAUGGCCUAAAAGGUAGAUGCAUCUACUCCUAUGCACUUAGCAUUCCCUUCUUUCCUUUGACUUUCCUACUCAGUGGCCAUUCAGCAGUCUUGUGAUCAGACAAUAAACAACUUUCUUUUAAGCAUUUUUUUUAAAAUAAUUUUUUUGACACUAUUUCCCCUUACUGGGGAUAAAUAUAAAAUACUUAAAAUUUACACAAUUUUGGAUUAUACAUUAGGGUCGAGUCAGGUUCUGACUCGAAAUACAGAGUAUUGAAUGUCCAGAAAAUACCUGGACAUGGCAAAGCAAACGGUACCAGGUCCAUGUCUUUCAAAAUAAAUGAGAUGCACAUUUUUAACAUAAUUUUUUGUGUACAAUGGUAGAAAGAAAAUGAAAACUACUACCAAUCGGUGUGCAGCAGUUCUCACACAUUUACAGCAGCUCCCCUCCAUGUUUUAUUUUUGUUAUGUUUAUAGGAUUUGGUUAGUGUUAUAUGCUAUUAGUAUUAAGAAGCCUUCUCCUUUGAUGCACUUGUGAUCUCAUCUGGUUCUAUACAUUCAGUUUUCACAUUUCCCCAUUGGGUGGACCACAUUUCUUGUUUUCUGUAGAUAAUUCCUAAAUUGUGAUACCCUGACCCACUGGGUAUUGUGUCCAAAUACCCAGACCCUGUACCUGGGGGGGAAAAAAAAUAUCUGGACCCUGCUUAGCCAUUUUAUGCAUGCUCAAAAAACAAAAUGUCUUAAAUAAUUUUUUUCAACUUGAGACAGAUGAAAAGUGGGAUCUGGAAGGCAGCUUGGGUGGUCUCCAUUUGCUGGAUGUGACACCAGAUGGCACCCUCUACCAGCAGGUGGUCAGUAUUGGUCAGUUCCAGGAAGUGGAUCCCUCGUCAGGUCUGGCUGUUUCAGCAGGGGGUGUGAGCUUCACCAUCCCCACCUCUCCAGUCCCAGAAAUGUACCAGACUGCAAUGGAUGACAAGGUCUUUUCAGAGUAUUCUUUGCGUUCAUCCCAGCCCAGGAAGAAUGCCUGCACAUUUUUUAUCAGUCAAAGGAGACAGCUGGUUCAUCCGCAGGUAAUGGGCUAAAGGUUAUAAUUGACGUGCAGUGGGACCCCGCUAUAACAUUACAACUGGGAUCCAUAAAGUCAAAUUGUGUUAAAAGCGGGUGGGAAAAUAGGUGAUUUCGCUUUUUAUAAAAAAACAACAGAUUUUGUAAUCUCUAGCGGUUUAUUUGUUCUCAAGAGGAUUUCAAUACUGAUUGGGUAUUUAAAAACAAAUACUGUUUGUAUCUAAUGAUGAUAUUGCCUUGUCAUUUUAGUAGAUUUGUGUUUGUGUUUAAAGAGAAUUAAAGUUUUAAUAACCUUUAAUGUAUUUUGAAGAAAAAGAAUUUCCACAUUUUUUAUAAAGUACAUAAUUCAUUUAAAAUUUGAAGGCAUUUAGAAAUGUUAUGAUUUCUAUUGAAGAAUAUUAGAUGGAAAAAAUUUGGCUAUUAAGUUUGUUGAAGAAGAUUAUAAGGUAAAUACAGUUGCUAGAGGUUUGUUUCAAACUGUUUGAUACAUAUAGAGGUUGUGUGAUGUGUUACUCUUAGACCAUGUGCUAAGUUUGCCCAGUGUCAGGUCAACAAACUGUUUGAUAGCUAUUGAGGUUGCAUGAUGUGUUACUCUGAGACUGUGUGCUAAGUUUGCUGUCAGGUCAACAAAUUGUUUGAUGAAUGCCUUUUAAAGUUUCUUUUAUGGUAUUAUUAUUGUUUUCCCUUCAACCAGGACACAGACAACAUCAUGCUGGAUGUGCCCACAUCUGACCAUGAGCCGUUGGAAGCGCAGUUUGACAUGGCCGCCCUGACCUACAUCCACUGCCCCAAAUUUCUGGAACAGCUGCUGGACUGCGCGUCAGAGUUCAGAGACUACAUGACCAAGGUGGCCUCAUCUAUAAAGACCGCUGCCACGGAGGUCGCCAUGGGGAUAGUGGGGGUCAGGGGGGACAAGGACGGCUCAGCAGCCGAUGCAUCCCUGGCAGGUUACGCCAUACGUAGGGACCAGUCCCUAGGGGAUAUAACCAACACAAUUUUGCUAGAAGACAUCUCCCAGCAGCAAGGGAGCCCAUCUGUCAAGGUCAAUAAACUCAUGAUUCUCAUAAAUGCAAGGAUGGAGUCUCCUAUACUUGUGAUUCCCCGAACACCCAAUAGUCCUCAGGUCUGUAGCAUUUAUUCAUUUUCAGUUCCUUUUAUUUAUGAUUUCCUUUUUUUAACUUAUGCAGUGAUGGUCACUAUAUCAAAAAUUUAAAAAAUGUUCUCAAGCAGAUUUUGUUACUGAUUGGGUAUUUAAAAACCAAUCUCAGAUUCUUUAAAUUCCCCAUUUAAUUAUUUGUAUGUAAAGAUGAUAUUUCCUUGUCAUUAAAGAUGUUGAUUUAUUUUGUAACAAUCUUUCUAAAAUGUCUCAGGGAGUUAUAUAAAUAAAAGUGUCUUUUUACAUCUGUAUGACCUUAUGAUAUUUUAAAUCAUUUAUAUUAACUUCCCUUUUGCUCAUGGCUGGCCGGCUGGCAAAACCUUUGUUUUGUCAACCUAACGAGCUGAAACUUGCCACAUAGACUUGCUGCAGAUGAUAAAUCAUUCUAUCAAAUUUUCAGCCCCACCCCCCAGCUCCCAAAAACAAGUUUUUACUAUUUUCAGGGAAAAGAUGAAGGAAAUAUGAUGACACUGAUUUCACAAAAUAAAAUUCCAGAAAACUGCGCUAAACAAGAUUCUUUAAAAAAAAUAUCCCAAGGGCGUUUGGUGCAUAAUAUGUUCUUUCGUUUUUCUGAAAUGGUUGGUGAAAAAAAUCUGCGGUGUAAAAGCGGGUGGUCACUAGAGUAUUAAUAUAAUUCAGGGACGGGAAAAAAAAUGUGAAAUGUGCGAUGGCAAGCACGCCGGGCCGGGGGGGGGGGGCACUAAUUGGAAUUCUAAAAAAGUACAUUACUUAUAUGCAUUUUUUGUCAAAUUUUCGAUCUCAACCCCAAUCACUAGAGUAUUAAUAUAAUUCAGGGACGGGAAAAAAAAUGUGAAAUGUGCGAUGGCAAGCACGCCGGGCCGGGGGGGGGGGCACUAAUUGGAAUUCUAAAAAAGUACAUUACUUAUAUGCAUGUUUUGUCAAAUUUUCGAUCUCAACCCCAAUUGCUCCAUAUCACAUUUUAUUAAGAAUUUAUAUGAAAAACUUUGAUUUUAGGGUUGUUUAAAUGUGUUAUAAUCUAAGUAUUUGUAAUUCACCUGUUGUUCUAUGGAUUUAACAAAACAGUAAUCGAACCCUAAAGUGUUCAUGGAUGAAAGACUCCCUCCAACUCCAUUAUUAUAGUUUUAAUGCUCUGCUUGUAAGUUUCAGCACACAAUAAAUUCAUUGACCAACUACCUUAUUUAUUUUCAUGCUUUUAUAUUUUUUCUCGGUUAGGUCCUGUUGGCUCACCUGGGUGAGAUUGUCAUAGACAAUUCCAGCAUGAUGAAUGUACCCAGUGAAAGCGGGAGGGGUCAUUUCAGGGGUCAAAACCAGGACCUGAUCACCUUAUCCCUGACCAACAUGAACUUGUACUCACUUCACCUCGGGCAGCAGGUCACCGUUACCACCACUGGGCUCAACAGCUCAAAGCUGUCCGAGCUGACACAGAAGUUUGGUGUGCCCAUCUUGUACGAUACGUCUGUCGACCUGACCAUCGGCAAGAGAGAACUGGACAAUCCUUUCAUCAAUCCGGACGUCUCGUCUGGCAUCGAGGGCAUGAUGGGGCUGGGUGGCACUUCAAGUCGGAAGCAGAGGUCAGACAGCGAUGUUAAGUUUGAGGAUGAGCUGAGCGUGUCAUCCCUGCUGGACAUCAAAGCCAACAUUUCCUCACCCAUCAAGUUAAGUUUGUCUAAGGAGGUGUAUGAGCAGAUCCUCCAAACGGUGGACAACCUGACUUACGAUGCAGAGCCUGCCAAAAAGCCUAAUCAGAGCCCCAGCUCUCCACAGAACCACACUGCAAUGGGUAAAUCGGAGCGGUCACAAGCCUUCACUUACACACCCUCCUCAAAAAGCCAGGACAGGCCAGCUGCUGAUAACAAGAAACAGGAAAUGCAGAGCAAUCAGGGCGCCCAUAGUUACCCGGAUGAGCCUGGUUCAGGCGGCAGCUUCCUGGCCAAGCACGUUGAGUUUGAUGUGCCGCUGUUUGAGAUAGAGCUGCGGGGAGAUUUUGGUGACGGUGAGAGGGGCCUUGUUGACCUCAAGCUCUAUGACUUCUCUGUGCAGUAUGAGAAGAAUGACAGGGCGUGCACCCGCAUCAACCUUCACCUCAAGUCUCUGCAGAUGGAUGACCUACUGGAGCCUGUGGACUCCAAGCACAGACAGAUCAUUGUUUCACGCCCCUCAAAAUCUAAGGAUGUGUAAGUAUAGCUGUAAUAUUUGAUCGCAUUGAUGGGGGAUUGAACUAUGAUAUAUACAUUUGUUUUAAUAUGUUUAUUGCUUGUUAUUUCUGUAGUGAAAGCUCAUACUUGAGACUUACUGCUAGACAUAUGAAAAAAAGUUAAACAAUUUUGCAGCAUUUAAAAAAAAAAACAUCUAAAUGUUGGUUAAUGUCUGUCUAAUGUUGUGUGUAUUAUUUGCCCACCCAUGGCCAUUUGGACUUCCAUAAAAUUUUAAAGAAGAUUCCGAUCUUUUUGAAAUUUUAGUCUUCUUACCCUGUCAAGACCUGAUCAGGGCCAUUUUUGGAUUUUGUCCAACCCAUUCAAAGAAAGACAUUAUCAGUACACACAAACCUUACUUUGCUUAUCAUUUCUGCUAAUACUUUUGCCUAUGUCUAAAUCUAAAUCAUGACCCGGCCAGCUGGGAUGUUAUAGCAUUGGUUGGGUGUCUUAAUUGUUCUUUUUUUGUUUUAGUUUUAAUAUACUUUGUUUAGGUUGUGGUUAAAAGUGAUUUCGAACUCUUUAGCUCAAUUUUGUAAGUCGGAAUGAGAACGGAAUGAGAACGUGAUAUCAUUUAAUUCUCUUUAGUCAUCUAUUUGAUGGGAAAAUAACCGCUAGGGGUUUGUAACACCACACUGAAUAUUUUAAAAGCUAAUGGACAAAAAGUAUCACACUAUAAAGGCAUUGAUAUGAUUAUAAAACUUUCAGACAUGUGAUUAUGACACUGUUUCAGACUUGUGAUUAUGACUCUGUUUCAGACUUGAACACCUGCACAGUCAGCCUAAAGCCCUGAUGUCAAAGUCCUGUCCGGACAGUACAAUUGUUGCACCUAUCCCACGCAUGCCCCCCUCACUUCCUUCCAGCUUUAUAGACAGGUAAUGGCUUGUCUUUUACUAGGGGAUCUCAACAGUAAAGGGGGAAGAGGGUGGGGGUUGUAUUCACACCCUUAGUGGGCAUUCAGGAGUUAGAGGAAAAGUGGAAAAAUUAGAGACAAUUUUUUUUCAAUGAUAAAAUGUGUUAUUACUGUCCUGGGGUGUGCGAGUUAGUCAAACAAUUUGUAGUUUUACAAAAGAUAGAGAGGGUUGGGGGAAAACUCUUGGUUAGACUAUAUGGUACAGAAGAUAGAGAGGGUUGGGGGAAAACUCUUGGUUAGACUAUAUGGUACAGAAGAUAGAGAGGGUUGGGGGAAAACUCUUGGUUAGACUAUAUGGUACAGAAGAUAGAGAGGGUUGGGGGAAAACUCUUGGUUAGACUAUAUGGUACAGAAGAUAGAGAGGGUUGGGGGAAAACUCUUGGUUAGACUAUAUGGUACAGAAGAUAGAGAGGGUUGGGGGAAAACUCUUGGUUAGACUAUAUGGUACAGAAGAUAGAGAGGGUUGGGGAAAACCCUUGGUUAGACUAUAUGGUUUUUCUGCUUUUGAAACGUACUGACGUUGAAUCUAGGAUAUAGGUAGGAGAUCUUACUUGAAAUCUUUAAAUAACCAAUUUAUUUAAGUGCUAGCUGAUAAUGAGGUGUGCCUCAGAUGUCAAACGUUUGUGUUUCUCUGUCUUAACAGAGGGCAGACCAAGGAGCAGCAGUGUCAUCAAAACACAUCACACCAAAGGAGGAGGCCAGCCUCAAGGUAAGUUGUAAUGCUUUAAUCAAAUGGGGCACCGUUACCUGGCCAUUCUGCUGUCAGUUUUUGUUUAAUUUCCACAUUUAGCUAUUACAGUUUGAAGUUAUUUGUCAUUACUAUUAUAGUUUGUUCUACAUUCAGGUACUGGAGCAGCAAUUUCCAAAUUUGGAGAUUAGGUAGUUGGGGGGGGGGGGGGGGGUUUGGGAAACUCCCUUUUGGGGGGGGGAAAUCCGGGUUGGGGGUUGGGGUUUUUGAAAAAAAAGUUUGGGUUUUUGCAAAAAAAAGUUGAUCUUCAUGUAUGCCUUCAUUUGUGCCUAUGUCCUUUUAAUAAGAGGCACUAAGAAGUAAAUUUUUAAAAAUAAAUUAUUAAAUAAAGGGUUCAGUAACACAAAGUUUGAAGACACUGCACUAAGAGUUUAAAAUAAUUUAUGUUUGCUUUUAUUACUCAAUCUCUAUCAUCAUCAUCAUGUCCCAUAGUCCUUGGACCGUUGGGGCGCCACAGAUGACAUGUAAACUAACCUCGUCCAUUCGUCUCUGUCUUCUGCACUUCGCACAGCAUCUCCUAGUUUUAGUCCCGUCCACUCUUUGAUGUUAUCUUCCCAUCUUUUCUUUUCACAAUCUCUAUCAGCGAGAGUGAUUGUCCAUACACACCCCCACCUAGUCCAGCCGCCAGGGAACCUAUUGUGACCCAGCAACGUCGACCUGAUGACCUGGUCCACAUUGAUGUCACACUAGUGGACAAGAAGAGGCCAGAGUAUGUCACUAAAUAUAACAAGGUCAGAUAUAGUUUAUAUAAAAUUUUAUAUUUUUGCAGAGGGAUAAGGACCCAUCUUUCUAAAUUAGGUGUUAAAUCCAUGGAAUUAAUAUAUCUAUAUUUUAUUAAUUUAUUCAAGAUUACAAUAUGCUCACUUAGGAUUUUGAGCAAGGAUCAAAAAUUUUGUCAUACUUAUUUUAUGUAUUUUUAUUUUCCUUAUUACUGCAACUCAGCGAUUCUAAUCAUUUGCAGUAUUAUAGAUCAGGAAGCUUAAAAUAAUUGUACCGAACCUCACUGUCAUAUCACAAAAAAAAAAAAUUGUGCAUAUCCUUCGAUUAGCGUCUUUACCCAUUUUUUUAAAUACAUUAAAAAAUAAAAGGGAAAUAUGCAGUGGCUAAUAUACAGUGCUUAAAAGAUAACAGCAGAUAUUUGUAUGAGUAAAAGAUAAAAAUGACUCAUAGUGUACUCACAGUCCCCACACGAUUCAUGUGUACUCUCAGUCGCCACACAAUUCAUGUGUACUCUCAGUCCCCACAUGAUUCAUGAGUACUCUAAGUCUCUUAGUUAAAUAUUGGAUAGAACUGUUUAUCUCUGAGCUAUUUCAAUUGGUCAGUUAGACAGAUGGGCAUCAACCUAUCGAUGGUGUAAAAUUUAACCAACCCUAAAUUGUGAGUACAUGUUGAAUGACAAGCUCAUCCCAUGCGCAGACCAACAGAUUCAUCAACAUUGACUUUGCCUGCCUGGAUGCCACCAUCAACCUCCAGACAUGGGUGGUGCUGUUAGAUUUCCUGGGACUGGGAGCUAAAGUCCACGGGGUCAAGGUUGGAGGUGAAGGUCCCAGUCAAGCCACUGAGCAGCAGCUAGACAUAAAUUCUCAAGGUGAAUGUGAAAGUCAAAUUUUUCUUACCAUCUAUCCAAUAAUUAUAUAAUCACUAUGUAUAUCACCAAGAAAACAACUUUUUCUCGUUUCUGAGGGAUAGAAGCUUAAAAGUCAUGCUUGCUAGCACCAGAUAUGUUUACUCUCAAACUCUUAAAAUCGUACAACAUCAUAAAAAAAUCAUUCAACACAUUAUCUUAAUAGUAAAAAAAAUAAUAAUACAGUAUAUACAAUGUAUACACCUCAAAAUCCUACAUUGUACGUCAAAAUCGUAAGAGUAAACAGGUCUGUAGCAGCCAUCUUGCUGCCAUUUUAGAACACCUAAGCUUAUAAGACGCAUAAAUCCAUGAUGGGUUUUACUUGACACGUUGCCAGGUGAUUUACACCAUGGUCUGCUGAAAGUGUUAUAAAGAGGAAAUCAUCCGAAUGUUAAUGAUUGUUGUCGCAGGGGAUAAAGAUGAUGUCAACUCAGAUAUAAACUUUCAAGUGGAGAGCUUUACACUCAUCUUCAACAAGCCCGACUACGAACUGGCUCAGGCGACGGCCGCGAACCUUCGGAUGCACAUGAUCAUGCGGGACGGUGACCUCAAAGCCAGUGGUCAGCUAGGGAGUCUGUCCCUCUUAGAUCAAUCCCCAAACGGGCAGCUGUACAGACAGAGAUUUGUGUCUACUGGAAGGCAGGUGGUUGAGUUCAACUUCUUCAAGUAAGUCUUUUUAAAUAUGGUUUUAAAUAUGGUUUUUAAAUAUGGUUUUAAAUAUGGUUUUUAAAUAUUUUUAAAAAUAUCGUUUUAAAUAUGGUCUUAAAUAUGGUCUUAAAUAUGUUUUUGGAAGUUUUUUGUAGUUGGAAUAAUUUUGCAAUAAAUUUUAAUAAAUGCACUCAAAUAAUAUUUGUAAUUAAAUUUUUCUUAAAAUCAGUUUUCAACUUUGUAAUUUCUGAAGUAGUUUAAAAAAUUUUUUAACGAACUUUAUCAAAUAAUGUUUGUACUUAAGUAUUUUUUAAACCAGAGUUUCAACUUGUUAGUACAAUGUGCCAGCUUGUCGAUACAUUUUGUUUACACAUUCAGAUAUGGUCUACCUGAUCUUGACUUACAAAGAGCAUUUGACAUUAGCCUAAGUUUGCGCAUGUCUUCUGUCCGCUACAUACACACCAAUCGCUUCCAGGCUGAGAUGGUUGCCUUUGCCCAGCAUUUCCUACAGCUACAGGAUCUGCUUGGCCGCCAGAGGGCGGCCUCCAUUGGAAAAAAGGUGGAUUUAAUGUAUUUUAAACUGUUCGCUAAAAUAUUUCCAUCUAUUAAAGUGAAAAAUUUGUUCUGAGAGCAUCUCUACUGAUUUUAGCUUUCAAAAUACUUUUUGAAAACUUUGUUUGGUUUUUUUUUCUUCCUUACUGCUUUACUUAUAAAAUUGUUACAAACCAUUUUUUAAAUGGAUUAGCUUGUCAGGUACACAUGAAAAGUGUUAAUAAUUGAAACCUUCAGAAACCUAUUUUCUUUACAUAAAUCAACUUAAUUUUUGCCACACUAACUAAAAUAGAUUUUUAUUAAAACUGCAAUUUUGGACGUCCAGUUUUUUUUUUACCUUUUGUAAAGUUAUUUGAAAAAAAAAUCUUUUAUAAAUGUACUGAUCAAUUCUGGGUAGAUCAAUGAGACAGCAACCAGAGCGUCCAGGAUACUGCUGGACAUUGAAGCUGUGUCUCCCAUACUCCUCAUACCACACAGCUCAAAGACCAAUGCUGUCCUUGUGGCAGACUUGGGUAACCUCAAGCUGACAAACCAUUUUAUCGUAGACGGUCAGCCCGGAACACUGAGGGCCAAGAGAGAAGCUGAGCAAUCAAAGGUGAGGAGCUAUUGUUGUGUGAAUGGGAAUUUACAAAUCUCAUAAUUCUCCCAAACCAAAAUGAUGGCUCAUCAAAAUAGUUCUAAGCUUUUUGCGCUAAAAUCAUAAAAUGAUUUAUUUCGCAAUAAUGGACAGCUGGCUGUAGAUAAAAUACGUAUUUUUCACCUAGAAAUCUGGUAAGAUAUUCAUUUCAAGAAAAAAACCUUUAUUAAAAAUGUAAAAAAAAAUAUUAUUUUGUUAUAUAUAUUUUAAAAAUUUGUAGACUACUCAGCAAUUUUGUUUUGUGGAUGAUGAACUAAGUGAUGAAAUAUAUUUAGUAGCUAAUUAUUUUUUAUUUAGCCCGAGUAGUUUGAAAAACUAAAUCACAGUCCAAUUUCGGACUCUGGUAUAUGAUGUGACAUGGUAGCGGUUGUUAUCCUAUCCAUUGGAGUCAGACAUGAAGAAGAAUUUCUCACAAAGUUAUGUUUCUAGCAUUCAAUUUUUUCUUGUUAUAAACAUGAGUAAGAGAAAUGUGUAUCUUUUGCACUAAACUAAAGCAGCUAAACUCCUUUAUCCUGUACCAUGUUUCAAACCUUUUAUAGAUGUUAAUUUUAAUUAUUUUAUUUAUUUAGGCAUUUUUAUAUAGCGCUUACCUUAAAGCUCUAAGCGCUUUACAAUUAUUAAAAACAUGUAAACUAAGUAAAAUAAAAAAAUGAGACACUAGGAUAGUAACUACUAUACUAUAGAAACAAUUAAAAUGGCUAUAAAACGAGGACGUACUGAUGAUAAAUACAUUAAAAUAUAAUAUUGAUUAUUUAAUUAUAAAAAAAAUAUAAAUAUCUUUCUUACUUUUUUGUACUUUCAAUACAUUACAGACCAAUAGAAGCAAUAAAAGAUGUUUAAUGUAUUUUUGACAAAUCUGACCCGUUUAUCUACAUUUCAGACUUCGGCUCAUCAGAGUACAGCAGGAACAAGCGCUGCCCUGCAGAAAGGCAUUGUGCAUCGUAGCAUGGCAGACAACAUGGUGAAUGAGUCACAUCGACCAGCGCGUCCUAUAGAUCCCAUGACCCAGAGUGUCUAUGGCAGCUUUGAUGCUGAUGAACGUUUUGAGGGAUUUGACCCAUCUGGAUUUGAUGUCCCUUCAAGCCAAUCCAAGGCUCAACCCAGCAUUAAGAGAAAUUUCAGUCAGUCCUACCCCAACCAACGGUGAGAUAUCGCUUGGUGGAUUUUAAAAUAAUGGAUCGCCUGAUUUCCAUGAAGUUUCUUGGCUGAAGUUAUUUUUUUUAACGUAACUUAUUUAACCAUGGGUAACCAUGAAUUUUUACCCUUUGAAUUCUCAGCCAAAGAGAACAAGCUGAUCAUAUGUCAUAGGUUGGUUCACAAAUUAAAAAAUAGAUACAUUUUUAAACACAAAUUCAUGGAAAAAUAGGUAACUAUGGUAUGUGUUGUAUUGCAAAAUUGCAUAUGCUUUAAUAUGUAAAUAUUUAAUGUUAAUGCCUAACUUUGACAAAGUACUAAAACACAUAUGAUUUGCUAACAAAACUGGAGUGUACUUAAUUAUCAUCAUGCAAAAUGUCAUCAUUGUCAAACUUCUAAAACGAAAAAAAAGCACCCAAAAAAUGAAAGUGAUGAACACAUCUUUUAAAGCUGAUUUUUUAAAUUAAAAAAAAAUCUUUUGUUCAAUAGCCACACAGUUGGUGAAGGAGGAGAGGAUGGCGAUGACCAUCGAUGCCUUCUUGAUGUCAUCUCAGUGACCCUGUCAGAAAUGGAUCUUUUCACUGCCAAGAGGAUAUGUAAAUCUGACUACCAAGGUGGUGACCUGAGCACCGACAUGGAGUUUUCAACAUUUGUGCUUGAAAGGGAGGUAAGUACAAAUGAAACAUUCAUGGUGGUUAAAGAUUAAUGUUUCUCUGAAAUUUAACUGUGGACUGUCCAAUAAAUAAUUUUUUGACAGAAGUCCUGCGCACUGAUGAUUUUUACUGGACCUUAGCCCAGUGGUUUACUGUUAUGUACACAAAGUUACUUGUUCAUUAUCAUUGUUUUUUUACAGCGUAGGCCUACAUUAGUGCUUAAUUUUUGGCAUACCCUGAAAAUUCUAUAAAAACUUGUAAAAUGGUUCAAAUUUAAAUUUGUUCUGUUUUAACUUUAAAAAAAAUUUCAUCAACAUUUGAAUUGUUGAAAAAAAUAAUUUUUUUUUAACUUUCUGAGGCAUGAAAAUUUUGGAUUAGUUAGCCUUUAGUGAGACAUAUGCUGUUGAAUAUCUAAACAUUUAUAGUAAAAUAAUUGCAUGAGAGUGUGUUUUUUUGAUAUUUCAACAGCAUGGCAAGCUUUUGAAAGAAAAGUGUCAGCUGGAGCUCCAUAUUGAGAGAAACUUGGAGGGAGAUGUCAGCCACACUGCCCCAGAUUUUUGCAUCAAUGGAAAACUGUCCUCUGUGGACUGCCAUUUGGAUAUUGGGCAGUACGAGUUGAUUCGAGGGAUCCUAAACCACAACCUUGGGGAGAGACUAGAAGAAUUCCAGCGUCCACUCAUGUCGCAUCUCCAAGACCCAAGGAUUCAGGUUUCUCGACUUUUUAUUAAUUAUUUCCAAUUUUUUUUUAUAAAGAUCAUUAGCUACGCUAUAAAUAUUUAUCUUGACAAGAUGUCAAUUUCAAGCACAUAUAUCUAUCUAUCUAUAUAUAUAUACAAAUAUAUAUAUAUAUAUAGCUUAUGUUUUAUAAUUUAGGAGCACAACACUGCCAGUUGGCUAAAGAAUGUAAGUUUGCAAUGCUGUUUGCUAUAUUUUGAAAGUUUGGGGUAUAUAAAACUUUAACUCAUUCCCGACGGUUGCGACUAAAUGCGUCCUCUGGGGGUUCCUCCUGAUGCGUCUAAAUGCGUCCCGGCGCAUAGCGACACACCUCUCUUAUUUUUAGUUAAAAAUAGCAAUGAAAUCUCGCAUCCCUCGAGUCUUCCAGCUAUGGCGUGAUUUCUGCGUGAUUUUAAUUUAGAAACCGGAAGUUUUUAUCUUGUUUCCCUUUUAAACUACGUGUGCUUUAGUACGGCGUGUCUAUAUGUUGCAUGUUUUCGUCCGAAAUGCCAAAAAUCGAUUUUUUGGCCAUUGUUCGUUAUUUUUUCCCCGCUUAUGUUAUAUUUAUAUUAAACCCUAUUCAUUUUUUGUUGCAUUUGUUCUUAAUUCAUUAACAUUAAAUAAUAUUUAGCAACUUAAAAAUUUUUUUCAAAAUGUAAAUCAAUUUCAAAACUGAGUUGCUUCCCUUUUCUCAGGAAAAUAAAUUAAGUCCAGAAGUAGCACUGCCAGAGGGAAUGAGUUAACAGAAUUGAAAACUUUUAUUGUCAUAUAAAAAUUAAAAGGUGCUAUCCAAUCAUAAAAUAUGCACAUAAUUAAGUUGUUCACUGUCAAAUUUUUCUGUUAUGGUAAUUUAUACAAUUUAAAAAUUCAGUAUUAAAGCGGUUAAUACUUUGUAGUUUUUUGAGGCAGCCUGUAUGUGGUAUGAAGGAAAGUUUUGGUAAUAUUUUAUACUGAUCUUUAUUUCAGACUGUCUUGGGUGGCAAACCAUGGAAGGGAAUAAGUCUAAUUAUUGACCUGAGAAAUGUGACAGUUGAACUGCUGCACUCACAUAAGCUAGGUCCAGAUGUUCCGGAGAGGUCAUUGUCACGUUUGGACUUUAUCAGGUCACAGUUAUCUGUCUCCAGCUAUUCUAAUCAACUGAAAGAAGUUGACCUGGUCUCAAACGAGAUUAAAAUCUAUGACACAAGAUUCAAAUGUAAGAUAAAUUUCUAGGAUCCGUCUUAAAUAAGAUGUUUCUUUGAUAAAAUCUAUGACACAAGAUUCAAAUGUAAGAUGAAUUUCUAGGAUCCGUCUUAAAUAAGAGGUUUCUUUGAUUUAUCAUCGAAAGUGGAAUUUUUUUUAAAAACUUAAGUAAACUAUUUUUUCCCCUGUGGUUUCUCUGCCUUCACGUUUGUCUCUCCAUAACAGAACUUCACUGCUAUGGUUUAUAUCUCAUACUACUUUUAAGUAAGGCCUUCAGAUGGCUUGAAUGAAUCCAAAUGGUGAUCUCAUUGGGGGUUUUGAGAUAUUUUCAAGCAAAUAUUUAAGGGCUUUGAGUAUCUUGAACAAGUGAUGACAAUUCAUGACGAUGUUUGUCAUUUAUGGCUUUUAUCCAACUGGACUUUUUAAAGUGCAUUACUUGUGCUUUCAAUAAAACAUAAAAGGUCUUGUUUUAACUAAAUCUGAGACAAUGAACUUUUAUCACUAGAAAUUGCUUUCACUUGAUUUAUAUUUUAAAUAUUUCUAAUUCUUUACAAAUGUUUUUGGUUACAGUUGAACCUGUCAAUGCCAGACCAAAUGUGUUUACCAGCAUUCUGCAGCCAUCCUCAGGCUCCAAGGAUCGCAAGGGACUGCAGAUGGAGAUGCACUUAAGGCUAGGACCCGACAGUUCACAUUUCACCCUCCUGCUCAACAAUGUCCGUCUCAUGUGUGUCUUUGACUGGCUGCUGGCUAUGAAAGAGUAUAUCUCAAGGGAACCUCCAAAUCCCUUUGCCAAAGGUGAUAUUUUAUCUUUUUAAAAAGACAUUGGGUGUUAAAUAUUAACUUCGUAUCAUUGUAUUAUUUAUGACUGCCCUUAACACGUUCGGGAAGGAGCCUUUUUUGAACUGCCUGUGCCAAGAAGACGGAGCCCUUAUCACAAGCCCUGCACUUACUUUGCAAAAAAAUAUAUACAAAAUAAACUAAAUUCGUAACAAAUAUAAAACUAUAUAUAUAUACUUGUAGGAAAUUGAAUGAACUAAUGUGAUCUUUUUAAAUCAAACUGAAAUCUAACAAUUUAUGAAAAUUAGAUUCACUGAUUUGCAUAAUUAAGGCAUCCGAUGCAAUUUUUUAAACAAUUAGAAUAAAUAGGUCUUACUUGCAUAAUUUUGUUAAAUUUUAUGAUUGUUUAAGCCUAAAUAAGUCGUAACAAAUAUUUGAAUGAGAUUCAUUGUGGAAAAACUGCACAAAAUAUUCCCUUGGGGCUGCUUAUGCCUUUUGACAUAUUUCUAGGUCAAAUAAUUUUUAAGCAUUGUUUGGUGCCACUAAGUACAAAAAAAAUUGAUAUAAAAUGAUAAAAUGACGAACACUGUAAACUAUCAAAGGGAGCCGCCAUUAAAUUGGUGAGACGAGCAAGAAAUUUGAAAAGCAAUCUUAUUAGCUGUUACAAAGACCAGCCAGCCAAUCUCAGGGCUUUUUUAAUUAGGCUGAUAGAUCAGCCUUUUUCUUUUUUGCCAUAACAAUAGAUCGACGCAGCCACCCCAAGCAGGUUAAAAUGCCAUAAUUUAUAUAUUUUACAUAUUUUUCCAUACUUUGCAAAAAAGCUAGCAAGCUCCUUUUAAAAUAAUCCUUAAAUAAAGCCAUCAAUUUUUUUUAUCUCACUUCUUACCUUUCAAAACGCGUUAAUCUUUAUUUCAAUGUUUCUAAACAGAUGCAAUGAUUUUAAUACAUUCAAAAAGUGGUUACCCAAUUUAUUUUCUGAUAAAAAAUUAUUUUAAGAGAUUGGAAUUAAACAAAUACUUUAAAAAUUCAAGAUUAAGAAAUUUGUUAGUGUAAAAAAAAAAGUUCAAAAUUUGAGAGCAAAUUUACAAAAACUUUAAAAUGGAGGAUGGGGCAAGAGUAACAAUGGGCCCUAAUAAUUUAUUUUUUAUAUUGUUCUAUUUAAGCUGGCCAACAACCCCCUCAAAGCCCUCUUCCUCCUGAUCCUGUCAAUGAACCAAUGCCAUUCAAAGCCCAUCGCAAUCAGAGUCCUUUAACAGUCUCUAGAGGCAUUGUCACUAGGAGAGGUCCUAUGGUGGAGGAGGUAGGUCUUCACUUCAAGGCUGUCAUAUCUUUUGUCUGCCUACAAUCAUCAGUUCUUGCUUUUUUUUGGCUAACAUAAUCUCUCCGCAUAAUUAAUUUUAACUUCUGACUAGUCCUUAAACCUCUAGAAGUUAAAUGUGCUACAAAGAAAGUCAAGUCAAGAUGUACAUGAUUCCGUACAGUUUUGUUUUGUGAAACACUUACAUCCCAACUGGAAUUCAGCUAGUGUUAUCUUUAAUACACAGAUUGUUAUCUUUAAUACUCAGAUUGUUAUCCGUAAUACACAGAUGUACUGAUGAGACUUCCUGUAAUAUGUGUGUUAUUGAUUCAUAUUGUAUAACUGAGUUAUACAGUAGAAUUUUUCUGCUUUAACUGAAAUAUGAAAUGUAAAAUACAGAGUUGGGGAAAAACCUGAAAGAUUGUCUAACUGAAGCAGCAUUCCAUUCUUUAAAAAAAAAAAAGUUCUUGCAUUUGUGAUUGACAGGUCAAGGUGCCAUUUGAGAUGGUUAUGAACUUCACCGACACCCAGUUUGUUGUAGUGGAGGAUUCCACCUCCCUGGACACAAACGCUGUCAUUCUAAAGGUGAGCACAUCUUCUCUCCAACUGCUGGGCAUUUACAAUGUGUAUGAGGAUGAAACACUGGGGACUAAAAAUGUAGACUCCAUGUUCUGCACUAUUCUCUGCUUUGUCAUUUGGGGGCCUUGUACAUAUAUGGUUGAAGUGCUGCAGUCGAUGUUGGCACGCCACACAUUUUUUUUCUUAAGUUAUUGCCCCCUAAGCCAUUUGCCAUUCCCAAGCAUGCCACCACUCUCCACACAGUAGUGAGUUUAAAUAUACUAAGUUGGGUUGUUGUUUUUUUUUGGGGGGGGGGGUUUAUGGGAAGGGAUGUGUGUUUGUGUGUGUGUGAGAAGCCCCCUGACUAUAAUUCUAGAAACACUUAAGAUUCAGUGUUUGAACUAAGUUCAACUGCAUUCUGGACUCUGUGGUCUUACUCAUGCCAUGAAAUAAUAUUUCAUUAAUGUAUUCAGGAGUUCUCUCGUAAUUGCUAAGGAACAAGUGUUUUCAAGUUUUUUGUUGUUUUUUUUUCUGGUUACUGCUGGUUAACAAACCAAUAACUUAACUGUACUAAACUAACCAUUGCACUUCUCUUCCCACUCCCCUCCUGCCCCCUGCCACCACAGAGUACUGCUGUGAUCAUCUACAAACCCCAGUGCCAUGAGCGGAUCCUCUCAUGCUCCCUGCAGAAUGUCGAGCUCUUCUCUUGUUGCCUGAUGGCUGAAGAUGACACGGCCCUCUCGAUCAUUGACCCCACCACCCUCACCAUUGAGCUCAAUGCCAACCCACUUCCACAGCAUGAUCCUUGCGCCACAGGUCUGCUGGGACUUAAGGAUGCCCAGAGGAGACACCUGGUGUUAGAGGUGAGUUUUGACAAAAUUUACCUGACGUCAGCUCCGAACAGGACAUGCUUGAACUUAUCGUAUAUGAUGCUGAAGUUUGUUGCCUGCUGGGCUUUCAAAUACAUAUAAUACAAAAUAAUUUCUUGACUGCUUCAGCUGACAAAUGAUCCCUAAAUAAUCUUCUUUGAAAUAUUGCUUAUAUCAGAGAUUGUAUGAUCAAAUUCAAAUUUUCACAAACUGUAAUAAAACGGAGCCUAAAUGACAGGCAUGGCAUAGUAGAUUCAGCGAUCUAUCUUCAACAAAUACAUUUUUUUAAACAAAUUAUCGUAACAAUUCAUGUUCUGCAUAUAUUGCUUGGUGUAAUACAGUAAAGAAAUUGACAGAUGAAAGCCAUAGUAUUUAUAAGGUAGAUUUGAAUGCAAAAAAAAAAAAAAUUCAAUUUCAAGAUUUCUGUAGUGAAGAUCUACUGACCUAAUUUGUUUGUUAAUAAGGUUAUUAUUUUUAAGUCUGCUAGAUAAUUGUGCCCAAAAAAAAAAUAUAUUUUUAAAGGUUACAUUUUAAAAAAAUCACUUUGCUUUGACAGUAACUUGUGUACUAAUGGUCUCAUCAAUAUAAGUGUUAUAAUAUAUUUCCCUCUAGCGGGUUGUCUUGAAGCCACUCAACAUUCGUGUGUCGUAUCAUGACAGUAUAUUGUUUCCCUAUUGCAGAUUGUGAUUAAACCACUCAAUAUUCGACUGUCCUAUCAUGACAGUAUAUUGUUCCCUAUUGCAGGUUGUGCUGAAACCACUCAACAUUCGAGUGUCCUAUCAUGACAUUGUCAUGUUCCUGGCCAUCCUGAACUCCCUCCCACAGCAGGCCCUCCAAGCCCAGCAGCAGCAGGCCACUGCAAACUCAGCCUCGACUGAGUCCACACCCCACCAGGCUCCACCACCACCAGCAGCCUUGGCAGGCCAGGUGAACGUUGGUGUAGAGGACAAUAUGACGAAAAGCAUGUUGGUGGACUCCUUUUCGAGUCACAACAGGCAGGAGGACAAAGGUCAGUGUCGGACAACACCUCCUUUUUUUUUUUAUAGUCUAUUCCUUAUACAAUUUUACUUUGCAAAUAACGAACAAUGUUUCAUAUUUUGUUUAAAAAAAUCUCCCUAAAAACUUUUGAGAGGAGUAAAUCUGAUUGAUGAGUGUUCAUUUUAUUCGUAUACAAAUUUAUCACUUUCGGUAUGACUGAUCCAUUUUACUAAAGCCAAAGGCAAAAAACUAACUGGAGAAAAAAGAAUUGUAAAUAAAAUUAUGGUCUAAGCUGGAGCUGAAAACUUACUCCACUCAUGGAAUACUUAACAACGUACUCCACUCAUGGAAUACUUAACAACGUACUCCACUCAUGGAAUACUUAACAACGUACUCUACUCAUGGAAUAUUUAACAAAAAAACUCUAAUCCACAGAGGAGGAAGUCCUCCGCCUGUUAGAUCUGGGCUUCCCAGAGUCAGAUGUGCGAAGAGCUCUAGCCGCCAGUAGCUGGGACCUGGACAAGGCAGCUCUGUGGCUGACAGAGAACGGCAAGCACAUGUCCCCGAAGAAGGCGGCAGAGCCAGCUCCCAGUUCUGCUUCUUUUGGCCAGGAUCUUCUUACUGACAUAGAGGUUAGAUGUUCUUGAUUAAGCCUUUCCUUUAACACGAUGAUCAUCAGCCUGGUCUUCUAAUCACUUCAGAAAUGUGUUUUAGUCUGUAGUCAUCUUGCUGCUAUUAUAAAUUAAAUGCCAUAGUCCGAGAAUGUGUUUUUCAACUGUACAUUGCUCGCUCUUUAAAUAUCUUUUUAUCAAAUAUUAGUGUGUCUUUGAGGUACCACAUGUUAGUUAAAUAAUGGGUGGGCUUGUUUCAAAAUUCACAGACCCUUAAAAAAAAUAUUUUCUGAAUUUCUCUAUUAUGAAUUUUUUUAAAAAUGCAAUCAAUUAUUAGUUGCUAAUAUAUUUCUCUCCUCCCCCCCCCCCCCCCCCCCCAAAUAAUGGGUGGGUUUUUUUCAAAAUUCACAGACCCUUAAAAAAAAUAUUUUCUGAAUUUCUCUAUUAUGAAUUUUUUUAAAAAUGCAAUCAAUUAUUAGUUGCUAAUAUAUUUCCCCCCCCCCCCCCCACCCAUGCAACAGCUGAGUGCAGAAAGUAUUGUGUUGUGCCUCAUUGAUGACUGUGGAGAUGCUGACAUACCAUUGGCUGAGAUCUCCUGCAAUAGUAAGUAUAUUAUGGCAAUUGCUUUGUGUUUAUCAGCACCCCAGGGUUCUUUGAUUUUUGAUUUUUUUUGUUGUUGUUCUAAUUCUGAAUCUCCUUAGCAUUUCUCUCAUAGUCCGGAGUCAGGGAAAAAAUCCCCCUUUUCAGAUUUCCACGACACCUUGGGGUCGUAUCUGUCUCAAAGCAAAGAAGUAGCUGAUUUGAAUUCAUUCAGGGUCCUCCAUGUUUAAGCUUUCCGUGAUAGUUUUGGUAUGUUUUCAACUGUAUGCUGAUUCUUUUUUUGUGCUUAUCAGACUUGGAUAUACAACAGAAGUUGGAGCCUUGUGUUGAAGGAAAAGCUCAGUUUCAGCUAAUGGCUGAAUAUUACAACAGGAAGCUGUCAGGCUGGGAACCAUGCCUUGAACCAUGGAAGUAAGCGGCUUAUCAUUUAUGUUGAUAUAUGUGUUGACUUGAAGUAAGUGGCUCAUCAGUUAUGUUGAUAUAUAUGUGUAGACUUGAAGUAAGUAGCUAAUCAGAUAUGUAGAUAUAUGUGUUGACUCGAAGUAAGGAGCUUAUCAGAUAUGUAGAUAUAUGUGUUACUUGAAGUAAGUGGCUCACCAGUUAUGUAGAUACAUGUGUUGACUUGAAGUAAGUAGCUCAAUGUAGAUAUAUAUGUGUUGACUUGAAGUAAGUGGCUCAUCAGUUAUGUUGAUAUAUGUGUUGACUUGAAGUCAGCAGUGAGGAUCAACGGCAGACAUUUUCCACUGGGUACCAAAUCUGAUUAUUUGGAUCACUAAUUGCCGAAUUCAGGUACAGAGUACUAUUUGUGCCAUAUCCUCACAUUAUUCAUGAUUUUUCCAUGCAACACGGGCAAAAUUAAUCUUGUACUACAAUUUCUUUUGUAGAAUAAUUAUUAAAAAUCACAAAGAAUCAACCAGUGUUAGGCUACCAUGCAGGUAAAUUCCAUUUUAUCAAAAGAAAUGAUAAAUAAUUAGAAAAAAAACGUUUCUAUCCUGUGACGGAAUGAUGCAAUAUGGGGCUGGCUUAAACUCUGCCUUUACAAAGAGAAAUGACAUGAAAAAGUCAGAAUCUGUGCAGCCACUUUUGUCAACAUUGUCUAUUGUUUAGAAUUGUUACUGUUCCUACUAGCACCACUGACAGAGCUUAUUGUUAACAGUUUUAUGUUAAACCUCAGUUUGUACACUAUAGACAAUUGGUGAUGCUAGAAGUGCAUAUGAUAUCUUAUAGAUUUUCACCGGGCAUCACAGAUUUAUGAGCAUGCAAUUUUUUUGACAAAUUCAAAAUGUAUUCAUGUGCUCUGUGGGUCAUGAGUGAACAUUACACAUGCAUACCUUAUGGAGUUUUUUGUUUCAAGUUAAGUUAGAGGGUGUGGGACAGACGAACUAGAGAGUGUGGGGGUUGGAAAACUAGAGCAUAUGGUUGUAGGCAACUAGAGCCUGUGGGGGUUUUCAAACUAAAGCCUAGAAGACAAAUUUCCAUACCCAUGAUGUUGAUGUUUACUGUGUUUUAUUUCAAGUUUCCUUUUGAUCAAAUGAUGGUAAUAAAAUGUACCAAAUUCUCAGAUUUGAUAUUAAAGAUAAAUCUCUUCUUUUUCCAGGUGUCUGGCAGAAUGGAGACAGUACAGCAAACCUGAAAAGAAGCUAACUCUACAAGUUUCAGGUAACUGAAUUGUCAAUUAUAAGGUUAUUUAUUUUUUAUUGAAAAAUGUCUCCUGAUAGAAUGCACCAGUGUCCCAUUAGGGAAAACCAAGAAGCCACUAAAUCUACUGAGCAUUUUAACCGCCCCCUUUUAGAACCAUUGGUUUAUGGUCUGCUACUAGUUACUAGUUGUGUCACUAUUAAAAGUCUCUUUUAAGCUAUUGAACUUAUUUAUACAUAUAUAUAUAUAUAUAUAUAUAUAUAUAUAUAUAUAUAUAUAUAUAUAUAUAUAUAUAUAUAUUAUAUGCAUGAGCUAGGCUGAUUGUAACGCCAAAGAAACGAAAGAUUUAUAUACGUUCGGAUUCUUAAAAACAAUCAUAGUUAUUUUCUAUUAUUUUACGGAAAUUGAAUAAAUUUAAAUACACAAAAAAUAUUAUUUAUCUGCCCCCCCUCCCCCUGAAGAUAUAGCUGAAAGAAACCCUGGAAGGGACUACAAUCCGGUGGAAGAUUUUAUUAAUUUUAUUCAAAAGGGGGGGUGUCAUUUUGCCCCAGGCAGCACACGAUAAAUAAAGGAAUGAAUUUGAUAAAUAAUUAACCUUCUUGGGUACAUAGAUAUACAAGGUAGGAAAUAGGAUGUGUACAUUUUUACGUGGAUGACAAUAUAUUUAAAUCCUAUGGUAUUACAUUUUUGAAAAAGAGAUGUUACAUUCUCUUUUUACAAAUAUGGGUAUGUUCAUUUUGCCCUAGGCAGCACAAGAUAGAUCUCGAAAUAAAGAAAUGAAUUUGAUAAAUAAUUAACCAUCUUGGGUACAUACAUAUACAAGGUAGGAAAUAGGAUGUGUACAUUUUUACGUGGAUGACAAUAUAUUUAAAUCCUAUUGUAUUACAUUUUUGAAAAAAGAGAUGUUACAUUCCUUUUUUACAAAUAAACAUAUGUUUACCAAUUAAGAAAUCAAUGGCUUUUUAACGAAACGUGGGUACAUUUAUAUAAGUAUACCCAUGAAUAUCAGAACCCAAUCAUUUUAAACACUUGAAAAUUUAAUUUUGAAAAAUGGAGAUGGGUUAAUAUUUUCUUUUUUUAAAAAUGAAAAUAUAUUUUUGUUUUUACCUUGCAAAAAGUAAAGUGGGUGUGUAUUUUUAUGAGAUUAACAAUUUAACAAUUUUUUUUUUAAAAACUCACGUCUGUUAAAGACGUGAAAAACUGUUUCGAGUUUCUUCUUUAGAUAAAAGAAUUCUUUGUUUUACGAUUUUCUGAUAAUAUAUAAUUAAAAAAUCAAGGCAAAAGUGUGCUUAAAUUUUUUAUGAAGAUAUCAAUAUAUCAAAUUCUUUAAUAUAAAAUAUAUUUAUAUGAGACUUAGAGUUUUUGUUGUAAAUUUAAGAUUAUGUUUUUUAACAAUUUUUAGAGAAAAAAGGUUGGAAUUCAAGGGCACAAAAAGGAGUAAAUCUAAAGUAUUUCUCAAGCAUAGAAAUCGCCCCUCAAUUAACUUCUUUAGUGACAAAAGUUAUAGAAUUAGUUAUUAUUUAGAUUGGGUAAUUUUUAGGUCAUGUUUAGAGGGAAAAAAAAUUAAUUUAGGGGUGUGAAAGGGAGUAGGGUAGUCGUGUAUAUAUAUAUAUAUAUAUAUAUAUAUAGCAGAUAAAUACUUUUCAAAGCUUAAUGAUGUUAGAAACGUAAAUAUCAUUAGAUACUUAUUUUUAAGUUAACCUACCAUAAUUAUCCUGAUAAUAUCGGGUCAUAUAUUCUUGUUCCUAAUAAUAGUAUUUUAGAGUUUAUCUUCAUUUAAUUUUAUUUGUGAAAUGAUUCUUUUUUUUCUUCCCGAACCACUCCAGUUAAAGAAAUGAUCAACAUUAAUGUGACCUCCACCUUGAUUGACCUGUACAAGCAGACCAGCGACAACUGGGCAGAGGAUUACCUCAGGCAGCAUGGAGACAAGACCAGGCACUCCAGGCAGCCAUCCGGCACCUCUGGUUCUGCGCAGCAUGCCGCCCCGACACAGUCUCAGCACAAGCGCUUGCCUUUCAUCCCGUACAUGAUCAGGAAUGACACCGGGUGUUCACUGUGGUUUCUGACAGCCACCAACACCCCAUCCAAGUGAGUCCUGUCAGAGAAAAAGUCUGUCUUAUCUGUAAAACAUGGGCCGAUCUCCACUUUAUCACCUACAUGUUUAUCGAUGGCUAAAAGGAUAAGCAUGUCUAAAAUAAUUGUGAUUCAGACUGUAGUGCCCUAAAACUGAGAUCUAUUUUAAAAAUAACUUUAGUGAGUCGUCGAACUUUGAACUCAAAUUUAAUAUUAAAAAACUGAAGUUGGAACAUGACAGUUGCAAUGUCGUUUCAAGUCUGAGCCACACCCACUUUUAUCAGAUAUUAUGAAUGACUUUUGAUUACCAGCCAUAGCCACAUAUUCGUACUUACAAUGACCUUGGUUUACUUAUUAUUAUGGAUCAGUCUUACCAAUGAGGGAAAUGCCCAGAUGAUGGAUUCAGCUUAUAUCCAAGCCACUGAUUGGAAGCGGGUGGGCCCAGGGGAGAGUCGGCCAAUCAAUUUUCAUGGACGGGAGAAGCUUCGCCACCAGGUAACAUAAUAUAACUAAAUUGAAGAUUGAAAAUAUCUCUCCCCUCCCCCCUUGUGAAAAAAAAUAUUUUAGCAUGUCAAUAUGCAAUUUCUGGUUUUCAUCUUGAAGCUAAGCAAAUAACAUUAAAUUUGUCUGUCAACUGUUGAAUUCCUUGGAUCUAAAACCUCUUAGUCCAACUGAAAUGAGCGCCUCUGCUUAGUUUUCUGCUUUCAUCAAUAUCAACACCAUAACUUUAAGGCAAAAUUUCUCUUGGUCCAACUUAAUCUAGAGAGCUGAAAAUGGGCUCGCAGCUUAGUCUCAUGUCCCAAUGUACCCCGAGAGUUUUCAUUAAUCAUAUGAUAAACCUAUUAUGUAUAAGGAAUAUAUGUAGUUGUAUUUUGAAAUGAAAGGGAGAUAAACAUUGCCGCCAUUAUGCGACAAAUCCAUGACAAAGAAGGCAAUAAAUUUAGCAUAUAUCUAAACUUAACAAGAAAGUGCAAUGGUUGACUGGAAAAAAUUGCCAGAGAGGAUCAUGGUGACAAUGCAGAGGUCAUGGGUUCACACCCCCACCCUGACCAAAUUUGAUCAACUACAUUUUAAUUUUUAGAAAUGUUUUAGAAGUUGUGUAGUGUCAACAAAUACGAAGAAGAAACAACUGAUUAAGCUGGAAACCUUUUGAGAUGUCGUAUACUAAGGAAUGAUUUUUUGGUUGUAACUUUCCUGUUACAGAAAUCUCAUGCCAUGCAUGUCAACCAGCUGUUUGUGACAAUAGACGGUUGGAAUCGGUUGUCGGCAGUCUCUGUGGACAAGGUUGGCGUAUAUUUUAGACAUGCUGAUCCUGAGCAUCGAGCACCAGUGAGUUAGAUAUUUUAAAAUUAUUUCUUAUUUAUUGUUUCAGCAAGUGUCCUUUUUUUUUUUUUGGUCAGAAAUUUCCCAGAAUUCCUUGUUAAAAGUAGAUUCCUACUCAAAAAAGCUUAUUUUCUAUUGUUCUUACAAAAUGCUAUGUUAAUAAUUUUAAGAAAAAAAAAGAAGUAUUUUUAUUUGUUUGUCUAUCUUAACCUCAAUUCAAAAAUUGAUAGAUCGAUAGAAAUGUUUACAAGAUCUGGUUCUCUAAUCUUGGGAGUUGUAACGGACAUUUUAAAAAAGUCCUAAAAUAUGAUGUAUAUUUCAACAAAAAUAUCUCCAGCCCAAUCUGUCCCCUGCGCGUGUGGUAUUUGAAGUCAAGCAAGAAGGAAGUGCAAGGAAGCUGAUCAUUGUAAGGUCAGCUCUGGUCAUACACAACAGACUGGACAGCCCAGUUGAACUGAAGCUGGAGUCUACUGAUGAAUCAGGUCAGACUACUAGUUUGUGGUUUCUUUAAACUAUCUUGCUCAAAUUGUCUCCCAUGUUUUGAUUGUACUUCCUCCAUUCUGAAUCUUUGUUCCUUCAGAGUUUAAUAAAAGAAAAAUGUGUAUUUAUUAGCUUUCUAUACACAUAAUAAUUCAUUCUUCUCUUAAAUUUAGCAAGCUUGGUGCAACAAAGUUCUAAGGUAUAAUAUGUACUAAAAUCUUAAUCUAGAACAUAAAUAAGUCACUUACCAAAGAUCUGUAAGGGUUGCCGCUUUUGUAAGAGUCCUUACUGACUGCCAGAUAGAGCAAGGGUCACAAGCAAAACACUGUUCAGCUAAGAUGGCCCUCACAGUGGUGGAAGGAAAUGUUUGCCAACCUUAAAGACUCUAAACUUGAACACUUAACAAUUGGCUUCUCACUGACUACUAGAAUGUUGUAUGCCCAGGUCACUACCAGUGUAUGACAGUUCCCAUCAACACAGCCUUGCCGGUGCCCCUGCAUUAUAUCAACAUGAGAAUCAGGGCCAGGCCAUGUGAUCUGCCUGUUCACUUUUGUAAAAAGCCCCUUGACUGGCAGCAUGUUAAGACAUCAGGGGACAAGCCGGAUGGGAUAAGGACCUGUGAGAUCCUAGGUCCGGAGAAAUCUGAAUACAGGUAAGACUGUCUUGGAUGUUGUGUGCACACAGACUGUGUGUGCAGUUGGAAGGGUGUGUUCUGUAGGAUGGUGGGUGCAGUUGCAUGGUGAGUGCUUUUGGAUAGAUGUGUGCAUUUGGAUGGUGUGUGGAGUUGGGGAGGUGUGUGCAUGGUGUGUAGAGUUGAGGGUGUGUGUUUGGAGGUUGCAUGCAGUUGGAUGGUUUGUGGAGUUGGAUGUUAUAUGGAGUUGGAUGGUUUGUGGAGUUGGAAAAGAAAAUAUAAGAACUGCUAGACUUGAAUUCAAUGACAGAACAAAAGAUUUUGACGUUUCGGCUUAGAGCUUUCAUCAGAAAACAAGACAAAAAUAAGAAUAACAAUUAUCAGAUCACAGUAAAAAAAACUUGGGAGCUUUCCUUUUGUUGCCGGAAGUAGGAUUACAGGAAGUGAAAAAAAUAUAAAUAUUGGUACUGUGAAAAAUAAGGUAAAGAAUCUUGAGGGACCAAAAUAUUUAGGGAUACACAAAAUCUAAGGAAUAAGAAAAAAAAAUAUGAUGAAGAAAUACAGGGAAAUUAAGAAACAUUAGUAAGAGAGUAUUUGAUUCAUAGCAUGUGGAGAAAUGGUACCAAAAAACUAAAUAAUUUUGUUUUUCAUUUUCACUCUCUCUGUUGUGUUUGUGCAAGAAAGUAGGGCCAUAAUGGAAACAUCUAAUGCACCUUUAUGUUGCUCUCUGUUGAAGUGUGAAGAGACUGGGGAAAGUUUACCUUGUUCAAUAUCCCGAAGCUGUUCUGUGAACUUUCUCCCUGUUUCGACUAUAUAACUAGAAUGACAUCUACGGCACACAAUCAAAUAAAUCACAUUCCGACUAUCACAUGUAAACCCUUUUGAUGGUAAAGGUACCUUUAGGGAGGCUAAUGUUGUUUUUUUGAGUGUAUAGGGAUACGUCCUACAUCGGCUUCUUGAGCAUGGUUUAGUUCCAAUAUAAGACGGGUCAGCUCAAAGGCGACUAUGAACCAGAAGGUCACCUAGGUUUUUGUCCCAUCGGAAGACAAUCAGUGGAGGGGAUGAGAAUACCUUGAUAGUGUCAGGGUCAGCAAGAAGUGUGUUACGAUUUUGUAUGAAUAUUUUUUUGGCUGUUGGAUAGUGUGUAAAGUUUGAUGUCCUUUACAGUUGAAUAGUUUUGCACGAGGAUCUGUAUGAAAUGGGAAGGCUGUGCAGUUGGCAUGUGUAUAAAAUGUGAAUGGUGUGCAGUUGGCAUGUGUAUAAAAUGUGAACGGUGUGCAGUUGGCAUGUGUAUAAAAUGAGAACGGUGUGCAGUUGGCAUGUGUAUAAAAUGAGAACGGUGUGCAGUUGGCAUGUGUAAAAUGAGAACGGUGUGCAGUUGGCAUGUGUAUAAAAUGAGAACGGUGUGCAGUUGGCAUGUGUAUAAAAUGAGAACGGUGUGCAGUUGGCAUGUGUAUAAAAUGAGAACGGUGUGCAGUUGCCAUGUGUAUAAAAUGUGAAGGGUGUGCAGUUGGACAAAAGUGGGGUUAUUAUAACUUACUAGUUAUAGCCCGCCAAACAUUGGUGGCAGCAAUGCGUGAACUUCCCAUCUGCUAAAGUUACUUGACAAAACAUGAACUCAAGUAACGCUUAUCUAAGACUCAUAAUUUUUGCUACAUCACCCCCCAAACGCACAAGAUACGUCACCACACACAUUUUAUUUCAGGCCCGUGAACUAUCUAUAUAUAUGCGGUGGCCAUGUUCGCAAAGAAAGAGGGAAAGCAGGAGGGGGGGCGGUAGCUCCACCACAGUGCGCAUGUCUAGAGACCAACAGAUGGUUCACUUCACAAACUAUAUAUUCUUACAAUAAAAUAUCUUUAUUACACAACUAAGCUACAUCUUGAACUGCCAUUACUCACAAGACCACACUACACAAUAAUAAUAUGUCAUAUCCCCUUUCGUGCAAUACGUCAUAGCCCCUUUCGCGCAAUACGUCACAAACUAUCAAAAUUUAAUAACAAUAUCUUCCCAUCUAGUAACUUUACUUGACAAAACAUGAACUCAAGUAACGCACAUUUAAGAAUCCCAAUAUUUGCUAUACCCCUUCCCUCAUGAUACGUCACUGCACACUUUUUAUUUCACACUCAUUAACUAUAUUAAUAUUCUCAUGUCCCAACCACUUUUAAACCGAAUAUUUUUUACACAAUACUUAAAUUGAGACGAUUUCAUUUCCAAAAGGAAAAUAUUACGCACCAAACGCAAUUGCGUUAUUAAAGAAAAAUAUAUAUCAUAUAUAGCGUAGUUAUCGGGCAUUAUAUUUUGCGCGCUAGUGAACUCAUUAUUGAACCACACUCUGGCAUAUCUAUAAAUAGCCUGCGUGGUGUUUGAACCGUGUUGGUGUUGGACCUUUGCUGGCGAAUUAUAUAAAUAUAGAUUGGCAUCCAGUACAUUACAUUGAGCACUAGAUGUUUAUUUUUUUAUGGAGAACUAGAAUUAAAAUUUAUCUUACAGAAAACACAACUUUAAUGCUAAACUUUUCCAGAUUCUUUGUGUGUGUGACGAGACAGAAGUUCCCAGAAGCUCAUAUGUCUGUCAGUUCCACUUCACAGAACCUCAGCCAUGGGUACAUAACCCCAACACUACCUGGACACAUACUGACCCUCCUGCCGCCAUUGUCCAUCUGUAACCUGUUACCCCUGGAGCUUCACUAUUACUUAAAAGGCACAGGAGUCUCAGGAAACCUAAAAGCUGGGAAACAAGCUGCGUUGCAUGGGGUAUGGGCCUGUUCUGGAGACUUUGUCAUCUUAAUUUAUAAAGCCUUGUGUUAUGUGUGACACAUGGUACGUUUGCCUAGAGGUCGGACCCCUGUAUAAUAGCCACAGAACAAAGUGUCUAGAACACCUUUCUUACUAGCCCCUAACAUUACCCCAUCAUGUACGGUCACAAACGGCUAUAACUUGUCCUGUUAUUUGCCUUGGUCUCCAUUUUUCCAUACCCACUAGAUUUUCCCAGCACAAGCUGAAUUUAAACUCUAUCUGCAGGUUGAUGUAAGUCAAAGCUUCGAUCUUGGCAUCCAUCUGGAGAACUUCCCUCAGUGUAAAGAACUGACUGUUCCACCAAAUGUUUCCAACCACAAGAAGGCCUUGCUUCGCAUCUUCGACAGUCAGAACAGAUUGCUCAAGCUUAUUGUCCGCAUCAGCAUGCUGAAAAGGGGCUCCAUAAUGGUAAGAAAAAACAUGCUCUCUAGAGAUCUACUUGGAUAUUUUUUGCUGGCCGAGGCAGCCCACCCACUUACUUGUUUCUGCCUUUUACAGACUUUGGAUUCUCUUUUACUCGUUCCAAACGGCAGUGCUACUUUCACACUUAAUUUAUAGUCUUGAACAAAGGGAAGUAACUCUGUUUUGCAAUUGAUUUACAUUACAAAAUAUUUGUUUAGCUGCAAAAUAUCAAUUAAUAUAUAUGAAUUAAGGCUAAAUACAUCCAGAAAUGAAGAAGGUUGAAUAAAAAUAUAACAUUAAUUGCGAACAAAUAAUGCGCGAUGACUGUCGAGUAUGAGCGUUCAUUAGUAAUUGUUGCGACUCAAUAUUAAUUAGUUGUUGAACGCUUUUCCCGCGCUUGACUAUUAUAGUUAGUGAACGCUCUUCCCGCCAUUGUCUCUAUGACGUAUUUUUAUGCUGAUUCGUGACAUAUUGUCUAUGCAGUAUUGUGACGUAUGUUUUAGUCGUGCGGCAGUCUUGAGUGGAACUUUGGAGUGAUAGGAUGUGUAUUAUUUAGGUCUGAUAGCGAGCUGCGCUAUAUUCACAUGUUAUGUGUAUUAUAUUUACUUAGAUAUUAAAGUUAUAGUUAUUAUGAAAAGGAGUUGAGUUUGUUUGAUGAUAGUAGGAAUAGUACCACGCUUCAACGUAUGAAAAGAACUGACGAAUGUAAUCAAUCCAAGAAGACGGUAGGAGUUUUGACAAUGACCAAAAAAAAUAUAUUUGUCAGCUCAGAUGAAUACAUGCUACAUAUAGACGCACCUUACUAAAGCACACAUAGAUUGAAAGUGAAACAAGAUAAAAAGUUUUUUUCCCAAAUUGAAAUCAUGUGAGGGACACGACAUUUUGUGGCUAUUUUUAAAUAAAAAAUGAGAGAGGUGUGUCGUUCUGUUCCGGGGCGCAUGUGGACACAUGUCAGUUUUAAAAAAAAUGAAUGGUUACACCACAUGAUUUAAAAUUAACUGGUAAAUUAUGUUUGCAGAUGACCAUCUCCUCUCAGUUUUGGUUGGUCAACAAGACAGGUCUGCCUUUAGUGUUCAAGCAAGAUGGCUGCAAGGCCAUAGCAGCGGGACAGUUUGAGGAGCAUGAGCAAGCCCGCAGUGUAACUCCUCUGUUAUUCAGCUUUGCAGAUGUAGAGGAAGUCAAUCUGUGAGACUAUCAUUUAUUCACAUUGAAUUUAAAAUACUAGCUCUGCAGUAAAAGCAACUAUUAAAGACGUGAUUUUUAGGAGAAACUCAAAUGCUUUGUUAAGUCUUCAGUCAAAUAACAGAUCUUGUAUUUAUUGAUCAAAAGUUGAACUAAAUUCUUCAUGUGUUAAUGUUUCUGUAAUAUAAUUUGAAUAUAUUUUGAUUCGCAUUAUGGGGAAACAAAAAAAAAUAAUAUUUUGCAAGUCUGGUCAUUUCUCUAAUUGUAAUUGUGCACUAUAUUUUAUUAUGAAAAAAAAUCUUAUUUCUUUGUGUCUUGAUUAUCGUUAUAUUUAUGAAUAAGAUAAGAUAAUUAUUACUUUCUCAAACACAGCAGAAAUUAUAUAGAUUUAUUUAAAUCAGUGGUUCUCAAGCUUUAAACAAAAGAAGAUCUCAAAUAAGAGAGUUAAAUUAGUAAGUUUUUUGGUGGGUUUAUCACUAAAGAAUUUAGAAAAUCUUUUAAUAAAUUAAAUUUUUUUUUUAGUUUCUGCGAAAGCUUUUUGAUUAUGACAUAAUUUAAUGUCAUCAUGAUUUUUAGGGCUCAUAUUAAGUAUGUUGAUGCUUUCAGCUGUCAGAUGAGACUGGGUACAUCAGUUCAUGGGCCAUCAGCCCGACCACAAUGGUGAGUGAGAUUCUAUUCAACUAACAAAGUGCUUUUUAGAUAUUGUUUGAAGAAUACAAAUAUUAUUUAUAAUAAAAUAAGUUCAAACAACCUGUCUACACCUUAACAUUUUUUUUUUAUUUCUUUCACCGUCAGAGCAAAGUCUAAUUGAACAGCUAUGAAUUUAAAACAUAAAUUUAAGUAUUGAAUUAUCUUAGAAAAUUAAUGAAGGGUAAAUUGAAGUCUGAAAUUACCUUUUCAAAGAGCGAAAUAAUAUUUGCAAAAUUCUUACUUUUUAAUUCUUUUACUUUGCCAAAACAUUUCCAACUAGAUUGUUAUACACUGCCAUUGGCAUUUUUGGUAAAAUUCAAACCUUUACUCUUUUAUCAAUUUAAAAAAUUUAAUUUAAAAAAAAAAGAAGAAAAAGACGAAAGUUGGGAAUUGAUUGGGGGGGGGGGGGGGGGGGGGGGGGGGGUUUAAACUUAAUUUUAAAAAUUGUUAGUUUUGGGGCUGAUUUUGUUUUUGUUAAAACUUGACCAGAUUAUCCAUCUUGAUUUCAGGAGUACACGCUUCUCUCUGGACGGUGGAACAAUAAAGAAGGCACUUCACGUCAUCCAACAUGAUGCCAGCAGGCCAGACUGGUUAGUAAAGUCAGAGUACCGCGUGCAGCGGAUACUGCGACAAAAAUCGUUUGGUAGUGAUGUGUUGUAAGUUGAUCUGAAUUAUCUCCCCCCAGUUGGAAUGUGGGUCUUUUCUGCUCUAGUGGUGACACCAGUAGAUGUUAAAAGUAGUACUAAUACUAGGCCUUGGCACUGUCUGUACAGUAGAUGAAAAGAAUUACUGCUGCAUGUGAGGUAACAAACUUUAUAACAAAAGCACUGGAAGAUGUCUUAAAAUAUUACAGAUGCUGAAUUUUGAACUGGUGCUUGGUAAAUAAAGCGAAGAUAACUCUGCUUACAUUUGCCAGAAGACAAGUUUGUUUUAAUCAGAAAUAUGGAAAAGACUAUUUGUGUUGUGUAUUUAAUAACUUUCAAGCAUUAAAAAAAAUAAAUUCUUUUUUGACUUAUUUUAAGAACAUCUGGUGCAUGUAAUUUUAAAGGGUUUUUUCAUUUUUGGUCUAAACUUCUCAUUUCUAACUGGGCAAAUCCCCUUUUGUUUCACUGAAAAUGAAUCUGUUAAGAAAUGAUUGCAGAAUCAGGAGUGUGAUAAAUAAAUCUUUUCUGUGGAAUUCAUUCAUUUCUGAUUCCACUCAAUUUUGUCCAAGAAAAAGAGUUAACAUUGGUUGGAUAACCGACAGGCAAAUAGAAAAUUCUUUUUUUACAUGUUUGUGUUGUUUUUUAAUCGGCCUGAAGAGUUAACUGUGAAAGAGGGCCAGCUUUUGUGGUAUAGGGUUUGUACUACCUUCCCCCCUGGGUGUAUGCUUAUGGGAGUGAGGGCAUGUGGCGGGGUUGAUUAGGUUUAUAUAGGCAGAUAGAUGGUUGGCCUAAACAGUUUUUAAAAACACAUAUAGUUGUUCUGUCAAAGCACAGCACUAAAAGGCUUUCUUGUCCAAAAGAAUAUUAUUAUAUAUUGCAUUGCUUGACUAAUUCCAUGUGAAACACAUUGCUGUCUUUUUGCUUUUAAAUUUAGAGAAAUGCUGGGAAUUAAAUUUUUUUAACAUUGUAAAUUGCUUCUUGCGAAACACCCAUAUAUAUAUAUAUAUAUAUAUAUAUAUAUAUAUAUAUAUAUAUACACACACAUAUAUUUAUAUAUAAAAAAAACAAAUAUAUUUAUUGAGCUUAUCUAUAGAGAGAGAAAAUACUGAGAUAUAAAUUUUUUUAACAUAUUAUAUAUUUUCUAUAGAAACACACAUAUAUAUAUAUAUAUAUAUAUAUAUAUAUAUAUAUAUAUAUACACACACAUAUAUUUAUAUGUAAAAAAAACGAAUACAUUUAUUGAGCUUAUCCAUAGAGAGAGGGCUUAAUGGAAACCGUAAGUUUUGAUUAAAUUUCACACCGCCAUUGUACUGCAGUUUCUCUCAACAUUUUUUAAAAAUCUAGGCAGGGCCCUCAAAAUAGUGCUCAAGUCUCAUGGAACCUUGUCAUAAAAUGUUUUAUAUAUCAUUCAUAUUUUUCAUUGUCUUUUUAUAUUCAUUCUCUUUCCUGUGAAAUCCCUUGUGAUUUCAUGUGGAGCCAUAGGGCACCUGUGAACACAGGUUGAGAAACACUGUUGGGUAUUCUUUAUAAGAUUUCUUUAUUGGUUGUAUUCAUUUAAUUUGCUAUAUCUUUUUAUUUUUUUUAAAUAAGUAUAGUUCCCCAUUUUAUACGUUGAUCAUUAUGAAAAUAUUUCUCUGCUCAUUGUAAAAUAUUUUUACAGUUACAAUAAGAAAUUAUUGUAAACUUUUAUUGUUACAUAUUGUGUUUCAAUAUUGCGGUUGUUGAUAUGAUUAUUCCAAGAGGAUAAUGUUUUAAAGAAAUUUGGAUGUGAUUAUUAUGUAAACUGUUCAGAUCAAGACUCAAAGAUAAAAACACUGGUCCGAUGGGCAUGAAUUUUCCACCAUAUUCACUUGGAGCAAGCUACCUCUUGCCUUGUAGAUGUGGUCAUAAGACAAGAUUUCAACAUAUAAAAUCCACGGACAAGUUAAUUUACAUCUUAAAUUAUUUAUUUUUUCUUAAGAUUUUUCACAGUGAAAUUUUUUUUUAACGUCAACACAAGACACAAUAUUUAAAUCACAAUUAAAUGGUGGGGGAUAAAUUCUACUUCAACAAAUGACAGCUAUUGUCUGGCCACAAAGAAAAAAGAAAACCAUUCAAGUUUUGACUUAAGUUAGUUUAAAUGUCUUAAAUAUAUAUUUCAAAUUAUGUUUUUUCUUAUGCUCUAUUAUCUUAGAACCAUACAUAGGAAAAAAAAAAAAAAGAGGUUGCAUGCUGGUUUUAAUUUUCAUGAAGUGCUCAAAGAUCUCAAGUUGAUUUUUUUUUGUCGGCUAUAGAUACUUUUAUAACUCACAGGGUUUACAACAUUGGUAUACAAGUCACCCCUGGCAGAGGACGUUACAGGGGAACCAACAUUGUGACCUUUGCACCCCACUUCAUACUGGACAACCAGUCAGGAUUCAAGCUGGCCAUUGCCCAGAAAUUUAUGACCAGUAAAGAGGUAUUAUCAAGAGAGUUUCAAGUUUUUGCUUUUUUGAAACAAAUAUUUUUAAUUCCCUGAGGCAUCCUCAUCAUUGUUGCUGCUUGCAUGGCUUCAAGUGUUUUUAUGGCAGCGUGAAGGAAAAACAUUUGUCCAGAAAGCAGCACUCGCUAAAGUUUUCAACUAAUUUGCUUAUUAUCUUGAACAGUUGAUUACAUCUUCUUUUUGUUAAACCUCUUUAGAAAUUUUUGACAGCAGUUGAAACAACUCAGUGGUUCUCAAGAUUCACAUCUUCAACUCUGUAUUCAGUAUUUGCAUAUAGAAAUAGGUCAAGCUAAUACAAUCAAAUUUGUAGGGUUUUUUUUUUUUUUUUCAUGUGUUAAGGAAAUAAUUAUGUAGCCAACCAAAACAGCAGAUGUUCUUAUAGAAUUAAUCAUCAUACAAUUGUUACCUAGGCUCCUCAACAGAACUGCCUGAUAGCCUUCCCACAGUCCUCUCUUUCCUUCCACUGGCCGAGAGUUGACCUUGACCAGCUGCUGUGUGUUAAAAUACUGGAUAUCGACCAUUGCCGAUGGUCAGGGGGCUUCAACAUUGACAAGAUCAACUCUUUCCACAUCAACAUGAGGUCAGGUUAUCAUCUGUUGUCAAUGGAUGUUGCCAUAUUGGCUCUUUCAAAGUUGCUAAGUUUACACACAAAAAAUGCCAACCUUUGUCUUUCUUCACAUAUUAGUUGCUUUUACGCUGAUCAAAGAAGACACAUUAAAUGAUUGAUAAAAUCAAUCAUGGUUAAAAAACAAAUUUUUAAAUUUUUAAUUCCAUGAAAAUGAAUGUCUUAAGACUUCAUCAAAAACUGUACAAAAAGUAUUUUAAAAAAUUGUACAACAGGAUUAAAAUCUGUACAGAAAGAAAAAUGAAAGGCCCAAAGAGGUAUAUCUUAUAACUUUUUUAAUUAUCAAUUUUUUGAAUGCAUGCCUUCUUCAUAAUUUCUUGCUUAGUUUGAAAAUCCAAACAAAAGUGUUUUAUGGCAAUGUAAACUAGAUGUGAUUGUACUGAAAUUUGCUAAUAAGACUUCCUGCCCUUGCAACUUUGUGAGAUAGAUUAUCUACAUGAUACUGAUGGGGCAGAGAAAAGAAGGAUUUAAAAGAGGCAGUAUCUCCCCUUCAUUGCCUCAAAGUUUUCAUUUGUGCAACUAUGUUUUAAAAGAUGCUUCAGUUUCAUAAUAGCCUGAAGCAAGCAGUUAAAAGUGUGAUGGUACGGUUGAUGAAGCAUCUGUUCCAGGUUAUUCACUCGCCCUGAUGCGUGUCUCAUUUCAACUUCCUUUUUAACAAAAAUUAGGUUUACACACUUAAUUGGAAGUUUCCAGCUGGAGGAAAAUAAUUUUGAAAAAAAAGGAGACAACAAUAUACAACAUACAAUAUUAUACAACAAACACAUGAGGGCUUUAAAUAAAAUAUAGGCCUAAUUGUACAAUGAAUAAAAUCGCACCUGCUUUAGUUUUAGAAAAUGUUAUUCCUGUCACAUUGAAUUUAGCAGUGGUGUAAUUACUUCCAGCAGCAGUCAUAGAUACUUUGAGCAUUUGGGGAUAAAGCGUGAUUUUCAAAUAAACUUUAUUAUUAUUAUUAUUAUAAUAAAGCUAUUCAUUGUUAGUGACAUUAAAAAUCUUAAAUCAUUGGACAGAAAUUUAAAAAAACUAAUUACUGACACCGCAGUUUUUGCUAAGAUUAUUGCAAGAAGGAUUUUUAAUUACCGUUUACUUCUCAAAGUAGCCACUAUCGUAAGGAUUCCUGUAAUAGCUACCAGUAUAAUAAGUAGAUACUGGCCGAGCUCGUUUGAAUUUUAUGUUUAAAAGGCCUACCUAUCCAAAUAUUAGGUCAUGGUCAUUUUGAACUGACAAAUAGCAUUUACACUUCCUUUUUACAUGAUGAAUUUAUCAUGUCUUAUGCAAAACAUUUAAACAAAUUAUUUUAUUGAGUUAUGUUGAGUUUAAAAAUCCUAGACAAACCAUACAAAAUUCAAAUGUAAGGCUGUACACCUUUUAAGAUGCCUAAAAAAUGUACAAAGUACUGACAAACUUUUGGUGUCUUCCUUAACUGUAGAGUAUGAUUAAUAUCAUUUUGCCAUCUCCAGAGAUCUGAAUGGCAUCUGCCACCUCCUGAAGGUUGAAGUCGUGCAACAAGGACCGACAUUCUUCAUUGUAUUUGCCAAUGCGGAUGUCAUGCCACCCCCUUUCCGCAUUGAUAACCUGAGUGAUGUAAGUGUAUUUGGGGCCCCUUUUCUCCAUGAGGUCGGGGGGGGGGAGGGAUCUCUAAGAGUUAAAACCAUAAAAACGACCACAUGUGGUUGGUUUGAUUGAUUGGAUAUUUAUAUAGCACUAUUGAUAACCUGAGUGAUGUAAGUGUAUUUGGGGCCCCUUUUCUCCAGGAGGUCGGGGGGGGGGAGGGAUCUCUAAGAGUUAAAACCAUAAAAACGACCACAUGUGGUUGGUUUGAUUGAUUGGAUAUUUAUAUAGCACUGGUAUCCAUGCUACUUUAGCAUGCUUACUGCGCUCUGGUUUACUUAAAGCUAUUUAAACAGAAAAGUUUUUAAAUGUUUCUUAAAUGAUCUUUUAUCAUUUACGAUUCCCCUCAAAGAUUGAGGCAAACUGUUCCAUAAUUUUGGUGCUAUCGCUUCAAAAGAGCACACUCCGUAAGACAUUUUUUUUCCAAUAUUUUAAUCAAUGACUUGAUUAAAUCUACCCUCGUGAUCACAGGUCCCUGUACUCUACUAUCAGUCAGACACUGAAGAUAAACUCAAGACCUUCAUACAGCCUCGUUCUUCCAGUAAGUCUGCCCGUAUUAAUCAAAGCAACAACAACACAACAGCAAUUAAACAAUCAAAACUAUCCUCACUCUGACUACUGUCCCUUUAAGCUAAGUUUUAACAAGAGAAUGGAUGGCUAUUGAAAUUUCUUACUAAGCUCAAUCAAUUUAACUGAGCUAAAGCCAUGGAUUUUUUGCAUUAUGAAGCCCAUUAGAAAAACAUGAAGAAUACCAAGACGAUAAAGAUUUUUAAAAAAAUUAUAUUUAACUCUCUGUCAACGUUAAAAAAGAAUGUUAAAUUAGUAUUUUAGAAUAUUUUAUAAGCAUAAUUUAAGUAUGCAUUUGGGAGUAGCCAACUAUAUGGAUUACUUUGAAAUAAUGCAGAUAAGCUGUAAUAAUUAACUGACCUAACUGCUUAUCCCCUAGUACCUUAUGCUUGGGAUGAGCCCACACUGAAGCCACUGAAGCUUACACUGAGCAUCUUGGGAGGAACCACUGGUAGCUACACCUUGGACAAGCUGCAGGAGGGGGAACAGCUUCACUAUGAGAACUUCAUCUACUUGGCAGCAACGGCAACAUUUGACAGGUCUGUACUGUCACAUAAUCAUUUAGUUUUAACAGAAAAAAGAGAGAUCAUAGCUAGCUGCAUAGAGUUAACGUUUAAAAAAAAAAAAAAAAAAAAAAAACAUUGUCAAUAUAACUUACUAGCUACUGGCCAAUAAGUGUGCUGGGUGGCCAAGUGGUUUAAACUGAGUCAAUCCCAGCUUGUGAACUGGAGUUCAAUCUCGAGCCUAGACAAGCAUAAACAACAACAGCAGCAGCCCUCCGGGUAUGUCAUCUCAUCUAAGAGAAGGCAAACUCUGAAAGUAAACCUAUAGGCGCUAUGAGGCAAAGAAAACUCUGACAACUCCUGCGAUGUGGAAGGCGUAAGAGCACAGUGAGACAAAAGAAUCACUGCUGAUCAUCCAUGUGAGGGAUGAACUAUAUAAAUACUAGAAAAUAAUUUUUUGAACCAUGAAAUUUUUUGAAGUGUGUUUGAUUCACUGACCUAAAUCUGCUGUCCAAGUGCUGAUGAUUUACUUAAGUUGUAUGUAUAAUGUCUUCCUUAGGAGCUGGCCAGAGCAUGUGUCAGAGCUUGUACUUGAUUGUGUCCACAACAAUAACAUCGUCUUCAAAAAGAAGGUAAGGACGCACCAUUAUACGAGAUGUUUGAUUGUAGAUCAAUUUAAAAUUUGACCCUGAAAAUUUAUUUUCAUUUACAGGAAAUUUUCAUGAAAAUAAAUAUUUUUUAAAGUCUAUUAACUGUUGGGUAUAUCCUUGAUCCCAUACAGUUUUAACAAAACAUGGUCUUAAGCAAGUUGAAAGAAAGGGAAAACUAUUUUAAUAUAAAUUUAUUAGUGAAUAUUUCUCAAAUAAGUUGAACAACAUUAUGGGGGAAACAACAGUUUUUUUAACAUCAGAGCAGAAGUGAUAAGUUGGAUUCAUCCAUGUUUAGUGUCAUUGCCAUUUCUGGACUCCUAAAUUAUUAAUAGACUAUAACUCACAUGGUUAUUUUAUUACCAGGAAAAAAGCAAGCGCAGCCAGUUGUGGCGCAUGACAGGCUCAGGAAUGUUGGAGCAUGAGGGGUCAAUGCCCCCUCGAACUCCAGGGAGCCCAAAUGCUAAUACAGAGCCCGGCCUUGUCCUUGACAUUGCUGACUUGGCUCCAAGACCAGGUCAUCCUGUGCCGCUCAUUCUGAGAAAACCAGAUGAGAGGCGCAGAUCUACACAAACCUGGAGAUUCACUGAGGUGAGGAAUAAAAAACAACAAAAGGGUGUUUACCCAAGUGAUUUAAAAAUAAACUUCCUUAUUGAAGAGGUAAGAAGGAAAAGCAAGUAUUAUCCUACCUAGAUGUGAAAAAGUAUAACAGGUUUAUAUUAAAAAUAAUACUGAUUUACUUUCCUUAUGCUUGAUACCAUUUUAAUCUUUGAGGAAUACUGAAAUGGUUUUAAUUUAACUUAAAUUUUCUGCUUGAUACCAUUAUAAUCUUUGAGGAAUACUGAAAUGGUUUUAAUUUAACUUAAGUUUUCUUUGUGAAAUUUUGCAUGAAAAGCAUGGUGUAUUUAUGGAAGAAAACAAUAAUGUGAAAUAUUUUUCCAAAACUUAAUAGCUAAUCUAAUGAUUUAAUUUUCCCAGCAUGGUCAACUGUGCUGCCAUGCUGGCUCCAUGUGUGUCCAGGGUAUUGGUGGCAUUAAAGGAGUGCAAGAUGGUAAUUGGCUAGUAGAUUUUUAAAAUAUAGUUUGUUUACUUCUGUGAACUUAUGUACUGCUCUAGCACACAGUUGUACAUUGUCACAUUAUGGGGNGGGGGGGGGGGGGUCUUCCAUUGCCAGCAAUUUUUUGUCAUUAAAUGUGAUGUGCAUAAAAUUGUAUGUGUAUAGAUCUCUUAUAUCUAUAGAUUUUUCUCUGGGUCGGCAAGCCAGGAACCCUUCAGGAACUUAUAAUUAUAGCAUAAUAGGGCAAUUAUUUGACCCCUAAUUACUUGGAAAAAGUUCCAUAGCAAUAUAUCAUUACUGAAACACAUUAAGUUAACAACUUUAGUGUUGCCACGUAAUGAGAACUCAGGAGCUGUGCCUUACCCUCCGUCUGCUUUGCAAAUUUACUGUGAUAUUCAAACCAACAAAAAACAUUUUUUUGAAGGAUUUCACUGAUCAGUUUUUGUUUUUUAUAGCACACUUUAGUGUAUGUUGUGAUGUACAGUGGUGCCUACUUUGUAUAUUAAAUCAUUCUCCAGGGCUCCUUAAUUUUUUAACUAUUAACUGUAGUUUAGUCCUAGAACAAGGGGAAUUAACUUCAAAUUUCAGUUUUACUAUUAUUCAAUUUUUGUUUAAAUGAAGAUUUUAAAUAUUUUGUAUCAAUUUUUAAAAACUAAAGACAAAACAUAUCAAGAAAUGGAUAAAGUUUAUGACUAAUGAAACAUAAAGUGACAAGACUAUAAGAGCUUUAUGAUGAAAUACUUAAUUUUUGGGAAUUGGAUUAACAAAGAUAGAUACAUGAAGAACCAUACUAACAAGCAUAUAGUUUAAAAAACAAUUUAAAAAAUAAGUAGUUAUAUUCUUUCAGGUGCCAUAGUUGUGCUAGGUCCAGGACCUGACCCUGAUCAAAAAGAUAAGAAACCAGACCAGACAGAGGCAGCUAAUGGCAGCAACAUACCCCCACACAUGCUCAUCUCAAGGCAAAAGUUGAGACCUGGCUCGGGGUGUGUGUCGGUCCGUGUCAGCAUGGAUGGACCUAUCCGUGUCAUUGAACUGGUGGACAUCCAGCACCGAGUGAGUAUCCGUGAAUAAUAUGUUAUUCUGGAAUAGAUUUCGGAUGGCAUAAAUAGAUGACAAUUUUCAUUUAUGAUUUAUCUAGUGCUACAUAGAAGUUUCAACCAAUGAUUUAUCUGAUGCUACAUAGAAGUUUUGACCAAUGAUUUAUCUAGUGCUACAUAGAAGUUUUGACCAAUGAUUUAUCUGGUGCUACAUAGAAGUUUCGACCAAUGAUUUAUCUGGCGCUACAUAGAAGUUUUCACCACACGAUUUAUCUAGUGCUACAUAGAAGUUUCAACCAAUGAUUUAUCUAGUGCUACAUAGAAGUUUGAACCAAUGAUUUAUUUAGUGCUACAUAGAAGUUUUGACCAAUGCUUCAUCUAGUGCUACAUAGAAGUUUUGACCAAUGAUUUAUUUGAUGCUACAUAGAAGUUUUGACCAAUGAUUUAUCUGGCGCUACAUAGAAGUUUUGACCAAUGAUUUAUCUAGUGCUACAUAGAAGUUUUGACCAAUGAUUUAUCUGGUGCUACAUAGAAGUUUUGACCAAUGAUUUAUCUAGUGCUACAUAGAAGUUUUGACCAAUGAUUUAUCUGGUGCUACAUAGAAGUUUCGACCAAUGAUUUAUCUGGCGCUACAUAGAAGUUUUCACCACACGAUUUAUCUAGUGCUACAUAGAAGUUUCAACCAAUGAUUUAUCUAGUGCUACAUAGAAGUUUGAACCAAUGAUUUAUUUAGUGCUACAUAGAAGUUUUGACCAAUGCUUCAUCUAGUGCUACAUAGAAGUUUUGACCAAUGAUUUAUUUGAUGCUACAUAGAAGUUUUGACCAAUGAUUUAUCUGGCGCUACAUAGAAGUUUUGACCAAUGAUUUAUCUAGUGCUACAUAGAAGUUUUGACCAAUGAUUUAUCUGGUGCUACAUAGAAGUUUUGACCAAUGAUUUAUCUAGUGCUACAUAGAAGUUUUGACCAAUUAUUUGUUUGGUGCUACAUAGAAGUUUUGACCAAUGAUUUAUCUAGUGCUACAUAGAAGUUUUGACCAAUUAUUUGUUUGGGGCUACAUAGAAGUUUUGACAAUUGUUUUAUCUGGUGCUACAUAGAAGUUUUGACCAAUGCUUUAUCUGGUGCUACAUAUUAGUUUUGACCAAUGAUGUAUCUGGUACUACGUAGAAGUUUCAUCUGAUGAAUUAUUGUCAGAGAAUGAUUUGUAUGUUCUGGUAUCUAUAAUCUGUCAGGCUCUAUUAGAUUAUAAACAUGUUAUUAACUACUGUAGCAGCUUUGGAACCAGUUUAUUGGAAAACUUGUGAGAUAUUUUCAGUUCACUGUUCAGGUGGCACCAUUUGAUAAAAUUAACUCUGAGAAUUUUAUUGAGAAACAUAUGUACUUAUACAAGAAAUAAAGACCUCUGCCGCUAUUGCUCUUGCAAUGUAUCCUUUAUCAAGCAAGGUAUAAUCAAUGCUGCUAAUCUAGGAAAUAUUUGCAUAGCAAGUCAGAUGAUGUCAUCCAUUCUCCCAAAGUGGAAAUGCUGGCAAAAUGUUUAUUACACAUUUUACUUAAAGAACAGGUUGCCCCGCCCCCCCCCCUCCUUAAAAAAAAAAAAACUGUGUAAUAAGAUUUAUGUAAAUCUUAGCAUGUAACAUUUUAAAAUAUUUUAAAAAAUUUUUCAUAAUUUGUCCUGUGUACAUUUAAAGUGUAAAACGACAAUUAUAAAUAGUGUACUCAAACAAAUCUUGUUUGUAGUCAUGUUAACAACAUUUAAUCUGCCCAUCUUAACACAGAGCCACUUAAUUCAAUGAAACAAACUUUAAACCAAUUUAUUUAACUUUGCUACACUUCAGUCAUCAAACAAGUAUCAGACCUUUUUUGUUCAGUUUGCACUUUGUUCAAUUUGACUAAUUUGACUGAAAUUAUUAAUAGUAUUUAUUACCUAACUGUUGGUUAAAUCAUAUAAUUUUUGUGAGCUUAUUGUGUAAGAUAAGCUAAGAUGUGAUUCUUGUACUGAUCCAAAGGAAAGUUGUUUAGAAUAAAUUGCACAGUUUAAUUUUCAGCUCAUUAAUAAAAAAAAUGGUGAUCAACUUAGCAAUUUUAAACUACAAAAAUUUUAGUGUAAUUUUUCAGCUAUAAAAACCAGCAAUUCUGUGUUGUUAAACACCCCCUAUAAUUCCAUUACUGACUAAAGAACACUUUGCCAGUGACAAGUUUAAUAAAAAUGAGCAAUUAAACUAUUCAUGAAGCUUUGUAGAGGUAAAUUAAAAUAGCAAUUUGACCUCUACAAAAAAAGAUUAGUUAAUGUAUUGACAGACUGCAAUGAGUGUAAUUUAAUCAUUGAUUCAUUGUGCUCAUGGGGUGAGUGCUUCUUAAAAUGCAGUCCCAGCUUUGCUGGAGGGGACAAGCUGUGGAAAUGUCAGACGACCGCUUGAACAGAAGAAUAUUCUAUGGUCAGCUUGAGCAUGGAAGGCGGUUGUCUGGUGGUCAGAAGAAACACUUUAAAGACACCCUUAAAGUCACACAUGGGGAAAAAGCGGAAAAGGAUUAAGCAUCGUUGCCUUCCUCUGUACACAGAGACUCUAUACAGCAUGAAGCCAACAUGGUAGCGGCUGCUGAGCACAAAAGACAUGCCAUAGAAGCUCCGUUUAACUCUGCACCUGGAGAUGUCCCAUCAAUUCCCUGCACUUAUUGCACAAGAACAUUUCGUGCCAGAAUCAGCCUUAUCAGUCAUCUGGGAACCCACAGCCAAGUUCACAAUUGGCAUAUGAGAUGAUUAAGGUGGUCAUAGCUGAUUUCGACUGACAAACAAUAUACAUUAUGAAGAAUUAAUGUUUCAAUUUUAUGUUUUCCAUUUUAUAAUCCAUCGGUAUUUUAAAUUAUAUACUCUGUAAUAUUGUUGGCAUAACAAAUAUAUGGUAACCCAUAUGGCUUUUAACAUCAUUGAGGAAAUUUAACAUGCUGACUGCAGAUCUCAAAAAAAAACUCUCAUACAUUGGCAUAGUGUGUAAUUUGAGACAGAGUUGCAGCUGCCCUGAUGAAAAUUUUUUAUUGGUGAAAAUUUUAAAUAAAUGAAAGUCAUAGAUCUCAUAAUGUUCAAACAUUCUACCCAAAUUUUCAACAUGACUGGGCUAAAACAUAUUGCAGCGUAAUUUUUUACAAUGCUUUGGCACGACCAUAGUAAAUAGAAGGAUUUGAAGGCUUACAAAACUGGUGAGCAGUCUUGUGAUCAUAGCUUGACCUUAGUAAUAAUGCAAUACUGGUACAUAUGACUAUGCUUUAGCAGCAUUUGCUUUUCUGCAAAAUCAUUCAUUAUUCGAUUCUAAAAAAAAUUAAAUGAUUUCAUAACUGCAGCAUAGAUGUGUUAAAAUGUGUUAAGUUUACACAUAUCAAUGUUUUUUUGUUGUGUUUUUCAUCACUGCUCAGCUUAAUAUUUGCUUUGGUGGGUGUAGAAUGUUAAGCUCAGAGAUUGAUCAACCAACUUUAUAGUGACAUCAAGAAUUUUUUUAAUGGUUAUUCUUUUCUAUUCUCCACCCUGACCCCCCUCUUUUUCUCUCCCUUGUAUAAUAGUGUUAUGCAUGUGAAACUUAUGACAAUGUUUCGUUAACUUUAAGGAUGUGAAUAGAUUGUUUUAAAUAAUAUGUCUUUUUGAAAAGAUUUGACACUGUAUACAGAUUUGUUUUUUAAUGGUUUUUAGUACUGUUAAAUUAUGUGUUGCCUGAUGUUACAAUGUGUUUUAUUCAGGUUUGCCAGUACACACAAAAAAAUAGUCUGAUUUAGCAAGUCUGAUGUAUUAGUCAUCUUGUCCCUUAAGUUGUUGAAAACAUUGGAUCCCUUCAUGUAUAAAAUAUGCCGUGUUGGUGUCUGAACUAUAGGAGGGUCAGAUAGUCUUCAACUGUGGGAUGGUGAUUUAAAAUGAAAAAAAUAUACAUCCUUCAUUUUCCAGCAAAAAUUACAUGUUUAUUUUAGCAAUUAAAUUGGGAUUUCUUCAUGGGGCUGUGUUUAAUGGGGAUUUAAUUUAUUUGUGGGGGUAAUCCCUUUCCUUAAAAUGAUUCAUUAAUGACAUUAAAUUAUAACAGGAUUUUUAAUUGUGUACAAUGGUAAUAUAAAAUAAAAAUUUGAAACACCAGAGGGAAGGGUACUGCCCCCCAAUCAGUCCAUCUCCCUCAGGAUAUCCAGGGAUUUUUCAGAUUGUUUUAAAUGUUAGUUGUGUGAAUUUCACCAGAGGUAAAUCUGAGAACAGAGUAUUUUGAAACUUAAAUAGUGAUCACAGCAGUGUGUCGUAAAGGUGUGGAUUAUUCAAGGAGGGAUAUGAAGAUCGCUAAUGACCCUGCCAGAUUUCCUGGGUUAUGCAAGAUCUCUCACUUGCUCUCUACUUCAAUGGCUGUUAUAUUUUUAAAAUUUGUUUUUGACCAUGACUAUGGCUCUUAGAUGAUGCCUGACAUGGUUACUGUGCUGUCACCACUGACUGAAAUAGAAAGAUGAGAAAGAAGGCUUGAAAGUGAAAUGUUGUGUCUCUUUACAUUUUCGAACAUGAAAACUUGACCAGAAAGGUAUGUGUUGAGGAAAUAAUGGUGGAUCAAGGCCUCAUAACCCCAAAAGUUUUCAUCAAAGCCGUACCAAGAUUGUUGUAGUUUAGUUCUGUCAGCAUGCAUUAGACACCAGGUGCAUUUAACCCCCCCAACUCCAAUUUCAGACAUGGCUGAAAGAGUACACAGAAGCAUCUCGCUUGUCAAUAUUAUUGGUCCAAAAGGUUAGUACAGGGGCAAUAAAUCAACUUUUGUUAUGUUGGUUGGAUAACUUGUUUCAGACAUCCGUAGAAUCUCAUCGUGUAUUCAUAAGCUCCAUCAUCUACACAUACACUUGGGCAUUGUACUUGCAAAAAACAACAGGAUUCACUUUGAUUAAUAUAUAUUUAAAAAUUUAGGUGGAUCAGACAUUUAGUGUAUAGAGUACAGUUUUUUUUUUCUUUUUAAACCUAUUAAAUAACAGAGGCUGGUUGUUGGAUUUUGGACAGGUUGUGGUCACUUAAGGUCUGCAAUGUUAGUUUGUAAAAGUAUGCUGCACUUUCUGUUAAUUCUGUCAUUGAUCAACUUUCAGAUGGUUCGGUGUUUAAAUAUUUAUUUCCCUACUACUAAUAGGAUCAACCUAAAUCGUGGUUAAGGAACAGUUGUUUUUUUUUCUGCUUUAAUUUUAUGGGGGCCAUUCAUUGCCUUACUUAAAUUAAGUGGAUUAAUGGAAAAUAACAAUUUUGAUGCUUAUUAAGUAUUACUUAAAUUUUGAAAAUUAGACCAAACUGUCCAGGAGCUAAUCUAAUUUACAUUACAUAGAGUGCAUUGCAAACAAGUUCACCCCUCUAUUGUUCAUUUUGAUAAUAGUCUAUAUGAAAGAAAUGCACUCUAAAAUUCUUUGAUACCUCAGUGAAUAUUGGGAUUGUCAAUAAGUAUGUAAUUUUUGUAAUGUUUUUGACCUGGCAGAAUUUUUUGAUCUAAGAAAAGUAGGUUUUUAAAAUAAAUGGGCGGCACAUGGAUUAAGGUAGUCCUCAGAAUUUCAUUGUGAAAUCACUUUUAAAGCCAAACAUCAUGACGAACAGUAGCACUCAUAAUUUUGCACAGAACAACCCUGAAAACACAAGCAACUGUUUAUAUAGUAAUAUUAUGAUUGUAGAAUCAAAGUAAUUUACUUUAGCUAUUGAAAAGUUUUAAAAAAUAAAACCUAAUGGAAUUAGUUUAAAUUUGAAAUUGUGUGUGAACUGUGCUUGAAUGAGUUACAGCUUUGAUGUGAUUUCAUCUCUAGACCCUGGCUGCAGUGAAGGUAUUUGUCAUUUACCCUCUCCACAUUUUAGCAUUCGUUUCUUUUAAAGUCAACCCAGGUAGCAUUCAUAGUCCUUAAUAGUUUACUAAGAAAAGCGGCUACAUUUUUAUUUUAAAAAACAAAACAUCCCGCUAAGAAUUCCCAUGCUUUUCUUUUGUCUCUCUCGACACCCCCAUCCCGAGCUCCAGCUUCACAAUCAGCAAACUUUGUGUCCACCAAGCAAAGUAUUAUAGAAUUCAACUCGGUUGUUAAUUUUAACUUGCAAUUUUAAUAAUGCCUUUGAAUUAUUAUCACAAUUUCUUGAUCUGCAAAUUGAAAAUUUUUCAUUGCACAAAUUUUCACUUUAAAAAAAACAACUUUUUGAAAGAUCCCACAAGCAAGUUUUCCAAGAUAAUUGGAAACUUAUGUGCAUUAUUUUUUUGUCAUAAACUAUUUUAAGAUUAAAAAGAAAAUCUGUGACCUGUAGAGGGUUUAGCUUCAAUAUCAUUGUGUAAGUGUUGUCUUUCCCAUCCCAUCCAAAAACCAAAAAAAAAAAAGAAAAAAAAAAGAAAAUCCAAUCAAUCUAUUUUGCUUUAUGCUAACUUCUAGAGGCCAGCAUUUCUGUGUCACAUGUGCCCAGGGAGUGCAAAGGUGUGUACUGCAGUGAAUAGAAGGGCAGAUGCAUCUGGUAGUUCACAGUUGUUAUUUUUUCCAAACAGUGCUUGACAAACAUGAUCAUUUUGGUCCUGAAAAGAUAGUUGUACAGGUUUUAAAGAUUUUAAAAUUAACUUUUGAAUUAUGUUAAAUAUUUACUAUUUUAAAAAAAAGUAUCAAGACUUUAACAAUGGUGGAAUUUUUAAAAUAGAAAUAUGUAUGUCAUAAACCCAAAUAUUUCUCUGGCACUGUCAACUUGGCUUGCCAGAUAUAAUAUAUCAUGAAUUAUUGUCUGGCACUAAUAAAAAAAAUGUAUAUUUCAUUUCUUAAUGUUAUCAAUUCUUGUUCAAAAUAAUUUUUCUCAAUAUCUUAGCACUUUUAAUUUAAAUGUUGAAUUUUACCUUAAUGAAUUUUUAUUGUUAACCUCGAGAUACUUUGGCAAAGAAAUUUUUUGUAUCCAUAUUUCAAGUUGAAUUUAAUGAUUUUCUGCUCUCUACAUACGUUUACGAAAUGGGUGUAUUGUGAUGUUUGUUAGCUGCAUGUGCUCCUUAUGCUAGUCUUGCUCUAAAAAAACCCACCAAAUCUCCAUAGAAGAAAUCUAGUUUUCUUUGAGAUAAUGAGCUCUUUUAUUUACAUUAAAAUAAUAUUUGCCUGCAUUAGCAAGGAGAAUAAAACAUUAAGACAGCUCAUUUGAUUCUUUUUAUUUUUCUUAUUCAUAAGAUAACAUGAUUUUUUUUAGAUAUUUAUAUUAACUUUGAUAAUAUAACAUUAUCUUUUAUUUGCAUCAAUUGUUUGUACACUGUUCAUCAUAUUUAUGUAUACAAUUAUAAAGAUGGUCUUCAUUUGCGAUUAGGUUAACAAUCUUUUUUUAUUCCUAGAUAAGAUAGCUUGCUUUAAUAAAAAUUUGUAGUCAGCCAGCAGCAGUUAAAAAUACUUACAUGUUUGCAGUUUAAAGCUUCUUUUCAUCUACAUUUUUUUAUUACAUAGGCUUCUUUUUCUUUCUCCCCUUCUUGCUCUUUUGCAUGUUUGUUAUAACAUGUUAAGCUUUUUUUGUUUCCAGAAUAAUAAAAAAAUAAUCAUUUUUUUGCUAGUUUGAAGAUGAGCAUAAUAUAAAACUGAGUCAUAUGAUAAAGGGAGGAAACUUUUUAAUGAGCUCCAAGUUGGAGGCUAAUUUCUGCACAAGUUUCUCAUAAAUUACUAAGUCCCAACUUACAUUUUAAGUUGUGCAGGCCUGCACUAGUUAAAUAGUUAUGGGUCUACUAUAACAUUCAAAGUGACACCUUUAGCCAAAGAAAUUAUAACUUGAGUAAAUCAGUGGAAAACGUAGGUAUUUAUGUCACAGACCAAUGUUAUAUGAAAUCAAAUAGGUUUUUGUUUCAGUGUUAAGUUCAGUUGUUUUUUUUUCCCACUAGUGGUGCAUUUUAUCUUAAAAAAUCAUAUAAUAAUAAUCUCAAAAGAUUACAAUAUUUUAUGUUUAAAGGUCACACAUCCAUGUCUUUUACUUUUCUAAAAAACAGGAAUAAAAUACAAUUUCAUUAGUUGUCAGCUGUUGUAGCCUAUUUUUUUUUUUUUCCAAAUCAAACCCUUCAGGUUUCUUAUCAAGAAGAAAGUCACCUCUGUGUAAUUAAAAAUAUAUUGAUUUUGUCAGAUUUUAAAGGAAAAAGGAAACGAUGACACAUUUUGACACCCUAUUACUGUAAAUAUUUUGAUGUCCAAUACCACAGGAUAGACAAUGCAACUGCAUGUGUAAUAUUUUAGAGUAAUGUUCAAGGCAUGCAACAACUAGAGAUUGGCAUUUUAGACCCGAUCAUGUAGUUUGUUAUGUAACAAAAUUAACCAACUCGCUGUCUUGAUUUUCUCUGUCACACUUUCAUUGACCUUUAACUUGGUUUUCCUCCCUCAGCAAGUGGUUAAACGGAUGACCAUGGAGGAGGACCUUCAGGACUGGGAGGUCUACGACGAGGUUAAACGGCAAAUGGUGACCAAGACCAGCACCAAGGGGAAUUCCAACACCAUAAAUGUGAGAGAAUGGCAAAUGUUACAAAAUGUGGUGAAAAAUUAUUAGGGGGAUAAUAAACCAGACACAAAUGUGACAUAACUGGCGUUUGAGUGCAUUAUUUUUCCCUUGCUGGCUUGUUUAGUUAGGUUUUCAAGAUAUCUAUAAAACACUUUGAAGUUAUUGGAAUUUAUUGCAAGACUUAAAUAUUCUUCAGUAAGAAUCAAAAAGUAAUUCAUGCAAGCAAAAAAAAAAUAAUGAAAGAAAUCAAUUGUAAUUAUAAUCUUUUUUUAAAUGUAUGUGACUCUAGUGAUAAACUUAGAUUGUUACUGAAUAUUCAUCAAGCUCAGCACUCCAUGGAUAAGCUGAGAUUUUAUUUAAAUAGUUUGUGGGAAUUUUUUUUAUGACUCUUCAAACCUUAUAUUAUUAUGAUAAAGCUAUUGAAAAGACAACAUUCAUUUUAAAACUUCAAUAGUCAUUUGGGUUUGGAUGGAUUUGCUUGAAUUCUCAGCCUUCAUUGACAGUUUAAUCGAUUUUUCUCUCCCUCUGAUUUGACAAUGAACUGCUUUUCGCUCCACAGCUGGCCAUCAACUUGACUGCAGGGAUAGGCAUAUCACUUGUGAACAACUUCUCAGAGGAGUUGCUUUACUUGACACUCAAGAACAUAUCUUUGGAUAUUGUGUCUCGGCCCUCAGCCAUUGAAUUUGAGGCCAAUGUGGCUGUCAUCCAGGUAAUUUCCAAGCUCCACUGUCGUAUCAAAAGCUUUAUGGUGGUCUUGUCAGAUUUCAACUGGUUAGUUUAGUAAAUUUAACAAAAAUUGUCCUAUUCAAAUCAUGUUUCUCGACCAUCUAUGAUUUCAUCACAGCCGUAUUGACCCGAGUAAUUUUGACAAGCUUUCUCAACAAUUUAACGUUUAAACUAGAAUUUACUGCCUUGUUUAAUGCUGCUGGUUGUUCUCAUUGCAACCAUACACUACAGAAGCUAUUCCCCCCCCCUUUUUUUUUUUUAAAUCUGCUUUUGCCGCUUUUGUUAUUUCAUUCUUGAAUUAAAUAAAACAUGUCACCAACUUUAAAAAAAAAGUCUAUUUAAAAAUCUAAUUUGAAAAAUAUCCUAUAUUUUAAAAUAAAACUGUUCUGUGACCUUUGUUUGGAGGGUUCAUUUCUAGUUCUCAACCAUGCUUAAAAAUCAUCCAGGCCGACAACCAGAUGUGGGGUGCCCAGAGGCCUGUUGUGUUGUUUGUCACCCCCUUGUCACGUAGGGAUGUCAUGGACUGCACACCUGCCCUGCACAUCUCAGCUCAUAAAGUGCCCAGUGCUACAUGGAAGGCUGAGAUAUUCAAGGUGAGGUUAUGGUCAUGUAGACUUUAUGGAACCAGUGCUACAUGGAAGGCUGAGAUAUUCAAGGUGAGGUUAUGGUCAUGUAGACUUUAUGGAACCAGUGCUACAUGGAAGGCUGAGAUAUUCAAGGUGAGGUUAUGGUCAUGUAGACUUUAUGGAACCAGUGCUACAUGGAAGGCUGAGAUAUUCAAGGUGAGGUUAUGGUCAUGUAGACUUUAUGGAACCAGUGCUACAUGGAAGGCUGAGAUAUUCACGGUGAGGUUAUGGUCAUGUAGACUUUAUGGAAUAGAGGUCUAGGCCAUUAGUGAUGAAUGUUAUAUAUCUGGUUAAACUAGUCACUGAGAUUUUCUUGCUCCAUCAACUAUUUUGCCACACUCAGUGGGCUAAUAGUAUCUAAGGUAUUUUGGUCCUAACUAAAUCUAUGCUGGAUGCUUGUUUUUUAAAAUGAAGAAACACAAUUUUUUUUUUGUAUCUUUUAAUAACUUUGAUAAAACUGUAAGAUUUAAAAUUAAUAAAUUUAAUUUUAAAAAAAGGUUGAUCUUGAACCCUUUUAGAUAUAAAUUUUUUAAAAAUCAACUGCAAGAGCUUUUGACUCAUAGCUAUUUGUUGAAAAGGAAAUUAAAUCUAUUAAAUGAUGUGAAGGAAUCCUAGGUUUUCCAGACUUCCUUGAAAAGAAUACAAUAUAAAAAGUCUAAAUUUAGUUCUUGAGUGGAGAAAAUCAAGAACAAAUUUUGAGGACUACUUGGAAUUGGAAAGGAAUGCUAUAAAAUGCUUUUGAUGCCUCUUAGUGAGAUUGUACAUAUGUCAUAUUAUGCUAUGGUACUACACAUACAUUUUUGAUUGUCUCCUGGCCCCUUUCCUCUACAGCACCUAUUUGUGUCAACAAAGCGCAUGACCCUUCAUUUGGAAGAGCAGCUGCUUUGGAAGCUGUUGCAGCUGGCAGGCGUCGGCAAGGACGACAGGACCCUACAUCGGCUGGAUGAAACAUACGACACUCACAGGUGGCUGCAGGACUCUGAAUAAAAUAAAUCAGUUCAAACUAUUGUGGGGACGGGGAGGGUGGGUGCUGGAGCAGAAAUUAAACAAUUAACCCUGGCAGAUCAAACUGUCAGUUUUGAAUGUUGACGCUAAAAAAAAUACAAUCAACAAAAAGUGGCUCAACCGAUACAAGCUGUGUGUUACCCCACACUGAUAAGCUGUGAGCCCAUAUUUGGAAAACCUCAAUGAUCAACUUGUUUAGAAAGAUAUUGAUGCAAUCCAAGCAACAUUUAGUACUUUCAGUUCUACUGUUACUAAUUUAUUUUAAAUCUUGUCACUGCACAGAGCCCUGUCGGCGGUCACUGCCAUUCAGUCAACCCGUUACUACUUUGGGACUCUGAAACUGGGCAUCAACAGGGUGACCCUGAGCAUGGUGACCUCCAACAAGUUAACACCUGACCUCAAGACCAUAAAAAAUGUUAUGUCAACAAGACUGAUAGCGUUUGAGCAGGCCAACAUUGACAUGAGUGAGUUUGUUGUUUCUCUGGGAGUCAUAGUUACCAAAUAUGUUCUUUUUGCUUCAAAAUUAAAGUCUGGUAUUAUAAUAUUCAUUUGGACCAGAUUGGAGGGGGGGGGGGGUAGACAGUGAGAAUAUCUUCAAUGGCAUGAAAUUAAAGACAAGGAAAAAUAAAAAAGAAUUAACAACUAGAUUGGGUUAAUUAUAGAGAGGAAGAAAGGGGGGGGGGGGGGGGGGUAGACAGUGAGAAUAUCUUCAAUGGCAUGAAAUUAAAGACAAGGUAAAAUACAAAAGAAUUAACAACUAGAUUUGGUUAAUUUAAUUAUUAUUUCCACUUACAAUGAGCAUCACUUUCUUAGACGGUGUGAUAAAAGUUUUAGCUUUUCACAGAUGUCAUAAGAUCCCCAACUCCAUCUCAGCACCUCCCUCUUCAUUAAAUAUAUGAGCAAAAAUUAAUGCAAAAAAAAAAAAAAUAGUUAUUUACUUUUCAAACGGAAAAAAACCAACUAAGUCUUGUCACAAUUUUUUUGUCCACAGAUUCAUUUGAGCAGUACCACGUGUUUGAGACAGGACCUUUCCUGUUAAAUGAAAUUAUGAACCAUUACAGAGAGGUAGGCUGAUCAUGUCACACCCCUGGUCUUAACCCUCUAAAAUGAGUUCAUCAUGGUUGUGUGACAAUAACCUUUGAUGGAAACAUUAAGCCUUGCUGGGAAAAUCAUCUGACAGACUUAAUUGACUGUUGUUCCGAACCCGUUCUUACCAGGGUUUCAUGGCUUUGCUUUGUCUAGGGGUUAUUAUAUUAAUUACACAAACUGUUGAUUAUUAGAAUAAAGUAUAUUUAUUAACACAACUAAACUACAUCGUCAACUGCCAUUACUCCAUCACAACAAACUCCACAACAAUAAUACGUCAUUUCCCUUUAAGCACUAUACGUCACUAAGAAUUCCAAACAUUUAAUAUCAUCUACCCAAAUACUCUCCAAACAACACACUAUCACAAUAUAAGUUCAAGACCUUAACACUGUGAUGUUUGUCAAAAAUAGAUUUAUGAAAAUUCUGCUGAAAAUUGGAUCAUUUCUGAAAGUUUUUUAUACAUGAUAAUUGCUUCUUUAUGAAUGCAUCACUGGCAUUGUUUGGUUCCCUCUGAAAGGAUCUAGGGACCAUAAUAAUUUAAUGUCCCACAUUGUUUCAGAAAUUAAACACCGAGUUAAAAUAAAUCCCCCUUUUUUUGUUUGUGUCUUAUAGUUAACUAUUUAACAAUUAUUUAUGUUUUUUUAAAAUAAUUUUUAUUAUUUAAUUCUACUUUGUUAACUAUUUUUUUCUGAAUGUCCAUUCCGAUGCUCAUACAACAGGAGCUGAAAAGUCAAGCGGCAAAAAUCUUGGGCUCUAUUGACUUCCUUGGGAACCCCCUCGGACUGGUCAACGACAUCUCAGAAGGAAUCGCGGGCUUUGUGACAGAUGGGAAUGUGGGGGGACUGCUGAGGAAUGUCACUCACGGUGUCUCCAAUUCAACUGCCAAGGUCAGUUAUGCAAGUCCGAAUAAAUAAUAAAUGUUUCCCAAGUAUGUGAUUUAGAAAAGUAGCUGUGUGCUUUAGUUUUGUCUCUUUAGUUUCAUGUAAAGGUCUCAACAUUUCUAAAGAAAUUCUUUAUAAGCAGUUUAUAAUAAUCACCUUUUAAUAAACUUAAGACUUUUUAUUCCCACCAGUUAUUGCUUUUCUGAAAAAAAAUGUUUCAUUAAUUUCAAAUAUCAUAAUAAUAUUUUAACUCUAUUAUGCUUAUCUCUCUUAACCCCUUCUCAAGACCCAUUUCAUUUGACCCAUUCAUUCGUUCCGCCUGAUCGUCAUUUUUUUCAACUUUAAAAUCUUGACAAGUUUUUGAAUCUCCAUGGGCAGGUUGUGAGCUCCUUGUCUGACGGCAUUAGUACGGUCGGCUUUGAUGAGGAACACAACAACAAGAGGGAGGCCCUGAGGAAUGUCACCUCGGGCAGCAGCAGCGACCAUCUCAUGGCUGGCUUCAAAGGAUUUGGUCACGGGCUUCUCGGCGGGGUGACAAGCCUGGUCUCCCAGAGUAUUUCUGGGGCUCAGAGUGAGGGUAUAGGGGUAAGUCAGAGUAAACAGUAUAGGGGUAAGUUAGAGUGAGGGCAUAGGGGUAAGUUAGAGUAAGGUAUAGGGGUAAGUCAGAGUGGGAGUAUAGGGGUAAGUCAGAGUGAGGUAUAGGGGUAAGUCAGAGUGAGGGUAUAGCGGUAAGUCUGAGGUUAUAAGGGUAAGUUAGAGUGAGGGUAUAGGGGUAAGUUAGAGUGAGAGUAUAGGGUAAUUUAGAACGAGGGUAUAAUGGUAAGUCAGAGUGAGGAAUAGGGGUAUUUUAGAGUGAGGGUAUAGCGGUAAGUCUGAGGUUAUAAGGGUAAGUUAUAGUGAGGGUAUAAGGGUAAGGUAGAGUGAGAGUAUAGGGGUAAGUUAAAGUGAAGGUUUAGAGGUAAGUCAGAGUGAUUUAUAGGGGUAAGUUAGAGUGAGGGUAUAGGGGUAAGUCUGAGGUUAUAGGGGUAAGUUAGAGUGAGGGUAUAGGUGUAAGUUAGAGUGAGGGUAUAGGUGUAAGUUAGGGUGAGGAUAUAGGGGUAAGUUAUUCUUGUAGGUUGAAGAUCUCUUUAGAGCAUUACUUUACUUAAUUCUGCAAUGAUUUUUUAUUUUAAAAAAGUGAUUUUCAUUGGUCAUAAAAAUGUUUCUCUAAUUUGCCUAGCUUGUUUGUUUAUUAUCACUUUUAAUCCCAGGGCCUUUUCAAAGGGAUGGGGAAAGGCAUGAUAGGAACAGUCACCAAGCCUGUGUCUGGAGUCUUAGACCUAACUUCAGGCUUCGCAAAUGCUCUGCGAGACAGCAGUUCCAGGACAUCGCACAGGAGUCCUGGACGUACCAGACCACCUCGUUGUACCCAGGGGACUGCCGGGCUGCUGCCGUUGUACUCUGAGCAACAAGCCGAGGCGCAGACAGUUCUGUAUGAACUUAAUGAAAAUGAUUAUUCUGAAUAGUAAGUAGGGCUCGGGAUGUAUUAUGUAUUGGUGGGAUAUCAUUGUUAUUGUAUGAUAUAGAAACCAUCAAUGAUGGGUCAUGUGUUAAAUUUUCAUGAGGAAGUCCAUCCAGUGAAAUUAGUGGCAAACAGCAACUGACCAGUGCUGCCACUGGGAUUGGUGUCACCCGCUGUGGUUAACUAGUGGUGUCAUGCCCUCCAAACUUUCUCUAUGGACCUCCUCUGAGUCCCCCUGUGCCUGACCAUACAUAUGUUACUUUCAGUUUUAUAGUCAAGUUUCCAAAUUCAAGUAUACAAGUUACAUAAAAAAUAAGUAGCAAAAAAAAAACCAAUACAAUUUGAGCCAACAGCCUUUAAAAAUUGUCAGAAUUUGAGCCAACAGCCUAUAAAAGAAUUGUCAGAACUUGAGCCAACAGCCUGUAAGAAUUGUUAGAAUUUGAGCCAACAGCCUAUAAGAAUUGCAAGUUUCCCAGGGAGAGCAUUCUGGUUUAAAUGGGGAUGUGACAAGUUUAAUCUUCAUAAAUAAGCAGCCUAACAAUGUGACCAUGGUAUUUUAUGAAGGACAUAUGCACCCGGCCAAUAAGCAAGUCUAAAUGUUAUUAUUUAAAAAUGGAUCAUAGUAAAAAAAACAAUUUUUUAAAUAACAGUAUGGAUUUAAAAAGUAUUCAAGCAUUCUUAAGGAAAAAAUACAUACAAAAUAAUAGCACUUCAGUAACUGCUGUAGUUAAUUAAGUGAAAUUUAGAAAUGUAUUAAUAUGCUUUAAGUUUCCCACCAUAUUUUUCUCCUCUUGAUCUGUUUCAGCCUUAUUGCCAUUGAGCAGCUGACCUCUGACCAGAGAAGUGGUGAAGGGAAUUUUGCUCUUAUCUCCAGCAGGCAGGUGUUCAUUCUGAACAAAAGAAAGGCAAAACCGGAGAAUGUGGUUCUGAACAUUCAACAUGAUGAGAUUCUAGACUGCUCACAUAUUACAUCAGAAGGUUGGUAACAAAGCUGGCAUUUUUGGUUGGGGGGAAAUGGUGAAAUGUUUUGUUUUUUUUAAAUGUUUGAUGAUUUAAAAAUCUAGUUUUGACUGGAUUUGAAAGUUAAAACAGUGAAAGAUAACAAACUCAGAAUUAGUUCACAAUGGUUAUAAUAGGAAAAAAUAGUUAUAAUUAAAAAUGUGUUAAGUUGCUUCGUUGAAACUUGCAUUCUUUAACCCUUUUGAGAUGGAGCCUUUUUGGAGUGUAACUGCCAAGAACGGGGCCCUUUUAAAACUACAUAAAAUAUUCCCCUAGAGCUAAUUAUUCUUUGACAUACUUCAAGGUCAUAUAAUUUUUAAAGCAUUUUUAGGGGUCACUAGGUAAAAAAAAUUGAUAUAAAAUGACGGAACACAGUAAAAUAUCGAUGGAAGCAGCCAUUCAAAUGAGCAAGAAAUGUAAGAAGCAAUCUGAUUAGCUGAUACGAAGACUAACCAGCCAACCAAACUCGAUGUAUGUACCAUUAGUUUUUUCGCCAAUUCGACCCUGGACCGAUUUAUCGGCCCAACCAUCCAUGAAGGGUUAAAAAUGAACAUUUUCCUCUCCACAGCAUUAUGAUUAUGUUAUGGUGAUGCCUGUUUGUAAAAUAUUAUCUGAUGUUAACUCAAAACAAUAAUGCAUGAUAUGAGACUAGGUCAACGAGAUAGUUUAAAGGCCUGACAGCCAGGAUAACGGCACUUGCAUGAAAACAAUACUGCAUGAUAUGAGACUAGGUCAACUGGAUGGUUUAAAUGCCAGCCAGCCAGAAUGACGCACCUGGUGCUGAAAUAACAGGACUAUACCGGUUUUAAAGUUGUCAUUGUUGCCUACUGCUACUUUCAGACAAAAAAUUUUAUGUGGUGUUGACCCGCAAAACCAGCUCAGGUUCCGACGUCUCCGGCACAAGUCUCAACAAGCCACAAGUGCGCUGUGACAAAAAAACUGUUGCAAAAAAAGUGAGUCAGUUGGUUAAAUGAUUUGCCUGUAAUUUUUGAAGGGUUCUUUUUUUUUUUAAAUUGUUUUUAGUUUGACACGUUCCUUAUGUUCUUAGGGCUUUGACACAUUCCUUAUGUUUUUAGGGCUUUGACACAUUCCUUAUGUUCUUAGGGCUUUGACACAUUCCUUAUGUUCUUAGGGCUUUGACACAUUCCUUAUGUUCUUAGGGCUUUGACACAUUCCUUAUGUUCUUAGGGCUUUGACACAUUCCUUAUGUUCUUAGGGCUUUGACACAUUCCUUAUGUUCUUAGGGUUUAUUAAAUGAAAUGAGCCAAUUUGAAAUGCCACCCAAAGUUGCCUGCCGUCUUGUGACUUUGGCUGAAGAUAUUUGUUGAAUAAGGCUAACCCAUGAACUGCUUGCUGCUAGGCUGAUGAAUCCAUUCUAGCUUAAAUAUUCUUAGAUGUCUCUGCAUAAAAAGCAUAGGCUCUUAACUAGGUCAGUACCAAACAAAAUCAGUUUUAUUUGAUUUAAUAUGAUGCUAUCAGGUUCUCUGUGUUUCAUCUUCAGGUGUCUCAAGAGAUCAAGUAUGCGACAAACUUGUUUGAUGAGAGGGCCCAGACGCUGGCCAAUGAUGACUCGUCUGAUGAGGAUGAUGACUGGUAAACUAGGCAACGACAGCAGGCACCGACACUUACAACUCUCUCCCAACCCCUCCAUAAAAAAUCUGAAAUACUGUGAUAUGUGAUUAAUGGAUAAGCUAAUAUCAUUUUGUGUGCAAUCUUUUCCAUAACAACUUUUGAAUUAUAUAAUAUAAUCAAAGGAGUUAAUGGCUCAGAACAGUGAAUCUUGUUGUACAUGGUUAUUCAACAUUGUUUUUCCUUUUUGUAAUAAAACAGAUUUUUUUUUUUUUGUUUGGUGUUGACCAUAAGUUAGUGUUCUGUAUGGUCCAUUCAUAAAUGUCCUAAACAUAAUGUCACAUAUAAUAAUGCAAUGUAGAUUCCGUUGUUAUUGUUGAACUACUGCUGCAAUCUAGCUGUUUUUUGCCCUUAAUGAGAUAUGCUUGCUUUGAAGUAUGUCUUGACUACUGCAGUAUUUAAUGUUUAUAUGAAUUUGAAAAAUUGGUGAAUGGAUGCAAUCUCUGUGACUAUGUGUUCCCUAGUCAAACAAGACAUGUGCUUUGUUUUGUUACAGCAGCACAAUGACUCCACGUGCUGGUCGUUACUUGUGCUCAUAGACAGCCCCCAGUCAGUUAGGUAGAAUGUCAGCUUGUAAAAUGUCAAGCUAUCAUCACAGUAGAGUGAUCAUUUUUUUCUCCUACAUUAUAACUCACAAGGCAGAGAGAGCCUUACAGUGUUCUAGAGACAAACCCAUUUCAAUCAAGUAUUCCUUAAAACUAAAGGCCACCUUUGGGACAGGCAGCUGACAUUUUCCAUCAAAAUAUUGUUGAAAGCUCCAAAUGGUGGUUUGUAUGAUCAUUGUUGAAUUAUGCGACAUGACAGAGAACUUUAGAUGGCACCACGGUUUAUAUUUAGCCUAGGAUAUCAGCAAGUCCUGGUGAACACUGCAUGUAUAUAUGGUUGUUUAAAUGCUCCUAUAUUUAGCACAGACCACAAUGUGACUACUCAUGUUUGACAUCAUUUAAAAACAUCUUAUAAAUGUUGGCAAUGAGCAAAAGGAAUAGAUCAAUAUCCUCCAUCAUUUCAAUAUCAAAUUAAAUUAAUUUCAUAGAUAAUUACAAAUAUUUUACAAUGGAGACUUAGUAAACAAAAAAAUUCACUUAUAGCUAAAAGUC